AUGAAUAUCCCUACGUUUACAUAUGACACCACUUCCUAUAGCCUCGCCACUUCCUAUGCCUUUGCCAGCCACAAGAUGGCGGCUCCCUGGCGUUUUGUGGUUCCAGCUGCCUGUGUUUGGGCUCAUGGCUGCCGCUCGUUUUCAUCGUCCAGUUUACCGACCUCAGCGGCCAUCCGGCGCACAUUUUUACAGUAUUUCCAAGAGUUACACGGCCACAAGUUUGUCCCGUCCUCCUCAGUGAGGCCCCGAGGUGACCCCACGCUGUUAUUCGUCAACGCCGGCAUGAACCAGGUGAGCGUGUCACGUGACAUGGCGCAAGCGCCGCCGCAUUGGCGCUUUAAAAUGACGCGGGUUUUUUUUUUCGUUUCCCUGGCAACAGGUAUGCUGGGACCGUGCCGCGGAAGUCCUAAUGCUAGUUUAAUUAUCACAGCUUAUUAUAAUAAGUGUGAUGGGAAGGAAACCGCUCGGGUCUGCCCAUUAAUAACACUCCCUGGAAUAUUUGGGAGUUAUCACAAUGUGUUAAAGCAAUAAAACAUUUACAGUGACGUGUUUGUUGUGUUUGUGUGUAUAAUUGGAAAGCUCCCACGUUGGUCACUUCGCCCUGAGAAAUGACAGUCCUUCCAUAGGGCAUGGUGUAUAACAAGAAACAAAAACACAGAUAUUUUUUGUUUAAUAUAAAAAAAUAAAAUGGUUAUUUGUUUUAUAGUGUGAUAGUUAUUUGGCAGAUAUUUAGGUAAGUAAACAUUAUGAGUGCCGUGUGCACGUCUACUAAACAGCGCCUGAUUGGUUACUUGCAUGGCUCAAGAUUUACCUAUCAGAGCACUCUUAUUUGUUCACUUAAACUAAGCUCUGAGUCAAAUUGCAGGGUGUAGGGAGGCUUUAUAAGCCUUUCCCCGCCCUGCGGACCUCAGUCUGCGCGGUGCCCUCGCUGGGUGAAGAUGUGGGCACUCGGGGUGGAAUCUUUACUUGGUUUUAGUAAAUUUAUCUGAAAGACCAAUUUAGGUAUUUAAGCCUUUUAGUAGAUAGCUCCCUAAUACCAUGGUAAUUAGGGAGCUAUUUACUAAGUGGCUGCAAGAUGCAGCCGUGGCACAAAUAGGAUCGAUAUUUAAUUCAUUUGAAUUAAAUUCUGAUCCAAACAAAAAGUACAGAAUUGCGUCCUAACACUAAUGGACAAACUAUUCUCAUUCUGUUAGAGCGAAACUCAAUAGUUUUGCUGGCGUUCGAACGGUGAACGAUGCAACAGGAUGAAAGGUGAGUAUUGUGGGAAAUUGCUUUGAUCACAGGAAAUGGAGCGGACGUAGCUUCUUCUGUGGGUCAAAGCUGGUCAAGCGUAGGAAAAAUACUUAAGACAAAAUACUUUGUCUUAUGUUUUAAAGAAAACUAGAUCAGUUAGGAAGAAAAGAAGAACAGAUCCUGAGAGAGGAAGUGAUUGGGGAAAGGUAAGUUUGGCAUGUCAAAGCCUCUUUAAGUGAUCUGAUGUGGUCAUAGUGCUUGGAGUCUAUAUUUGCAGAAUUUCACUGAGAAAUGCUGCACAUAAAGAAUUAAAGUAACUCAACCUCUGGCAGCAUCAUUAGCCAGCCCAAAACAAGAGUUCCCGUCUGGCUAAUGUUAAAUUUGUGCGUAAUGGGCGUCAGCACACUUGGCACACUUAGAAUACGACCAAUGGUGUUUUGUGCAGUGAUGGGAAGUAGGGAUUGACCGAUUAUCAAUCUGGCCGAUAUUAUCGGCCGAUAUUCAGUAUUUUCUGCAAUAUCGGUAUCGGCCUAUAGAGAUACCGAUAUUGCCGAUAAUGCAUACCAGGACCGCCGGGCCCAUUACAAGCCAGGUGGUCCUCGGGAGCCCAGCAAGCGCUUACUUACCUUUCCAGCAGCUCCCUGUGUAAAUCUCGCGAGUCUCGCAGCUGUUGGAGCGUUGCCACGGGUUACCAUGGCAACGCUCCGUGCGGCACGCAGGCCAUGAGAUUUACACAGGGAGCUGAAGCCGGCUGCUGGAAAGGUAAGUAAGUGCUUGCUGGGCCACCACUGUACUUUCCAUGCCACCGGACCACCAGGGAAUACUAUAUCUCACCUCCCUCUUAAGAAGCAGGGAGGGGGGACUAAAAAAAUAAAUAAAACAUUUAAAUAUUAAAAUGAAAAAAUGCCCCUGCUCCAUUUUACACAAAUUACAUCCCUACACAAACACACACACAGACUCUGCAUUCAAUAUAUAUAUAUAUAUAUAUAUACACACACACACACAUUGUAUUCACUAUACACACUCUACACAAACACACACUCUGCAUUCACUAUAUAUACACACUACACAAACACUCAUUGCAUUCACUAUACACACUACACAAACACACUCAUUAUAUACACAAAUACACACUGCAUCCACCACACAAACACACACAGCUCCCCUGUCUAAACACACUGCAUCCACUAUAUGUGGCAUGUAUAUUUUGUGCAUUUACCUUUAGAAAUAGUUUAUUUUUUCAAAAUGGUAAAUGUACAGAAUAUCGGCACGUUAUCGGCCUGAAAGUUCACAGAUUAUCUGUAUCGGCUCUAAAAAAUCAAUCCCUAAUGGGAAGUGUCAUUUCAAUUCAGAUAUCUUAAACAGUGCACUGCACAUUGGUAACUCUUACCACACUACCAACGGACCCCCAGUGCACCUCUAGCACACCUACUGCAUUCCCACCCUAUCCCCUUUUUAGCGUCAUAUGUGUAAUGUGUGUUUAUAUCUUUUAUUGCUAAGCGUCCCGGCACUUAAAACCAAACCACUAGAUCCCAAAUCCUAAUACAUGUUUAAAGGGACACUGUAGGCACUCAGACCACUUCAACUAAUUAAGUAGUCUGGGUGCUGAGACCCCUUUGCACUUAGUGCUGCAAUGUAAAAGGGACAUUGGCGCUGAAUUCAGGUAAGUAGCUGAAGGGGUUUUAUGGCCAUGGCCCUCAGCAGCUAUAUCACCCCACACCAUCCUUUAAUGACACUCAGCCAUUGUCCCGAAGGAAUAAAAGGAGUGGGAUAAAGGUAUGUUAAUUCUCGGGGUCAAGGAGAGCAGGGCAUGAACCCAGGUAAGUAAUAUUAAAGGACCACUAUAGGCACCCAGACCACUUCAGCUUAAUGAAGUGGUCUGGGUGCUUGAUCCAGCUAGGGUUAACCCUUUCUUUUAUAAACAUAGCAGUUUCAGAGAAACUGCUAUGUUUACACUGAGGGUUAAUACAGCCUCUAGAGCCUCUAGUGGCUGUCUCAUUGACAGCCGCUAGAGGCGCUUGCGUGCUUCUCACUGUGAAAAUCACAGUGAGAAGACGCCAGCGUCCAUAGGAAAGCAUUGUAAAUUGUAAAUGCUUUCCUAUGAACUGGCUGAAUGCACCCGCGGCUCCUGCCGCGCAUGCGCAUUCAGCCAAUGAUGUCGCUAGGAAGGAGGAGAGGAGGAGGAAAGCUCCCUGCCCGGCGCUGGAGAAAGGUAAGAUUUUAACCCCUUCCUCUCCCCAGAGCCUGGCUUUGUUUGUUUGUAUGUUUUCCUGGCACUAUAGUGGUCCUUUAAUGAAAAGAAGAGAGGCUCUUUGCCCAGGUUGAUAAAUGAUAUGGCAAUUAAUACAUAGCUUUUAAUAAUUUAUUAAUUAAGAAGGCAUACAUAGCUAAGUGACAAGAUUGAUCGAGUGUUAAACAUAAGAUACUAAGUAAACUGUUUACAAUAUAUACAAGAGAAAUAAAAUAUAUACAAAUACUGAAGUUUACUCCAGGAUAUGUGAGGGAGUAUUUGCAGGCAGACGAGAAUGGCAACAAUAAUGGAGAAUAAGGUCCUUUAAAAAUAUUAAGGCAACAUGUAGCCAGUGUCAAAGAGAUACAUCGGUUGCUUGAUUAGUGCUGCUAUACUGUGCAAAUUUGAUUGGCUGCCACCAUCUUCAUUAUGUGGCUAUAUAUGUGUUGAAUAGGAAGCAUUUAAAGAAAACGGACAUCCAGGUCACUUGCCAUUCAUGUACAUGCGUUCUGUUGUUAAAUAUAUUAUAUUUUAAGUUACUGGUGUAAUGUAACUCAUGGAGAGUCAGGUAACUCUAAAUUCUCAGCAAUGUAAAAAAAAAAAAAAACACAGUUACUGUGUGUAUAUAUAGAUCUUCCAGUAAUAAAACUCAUAGGUAGCAAGUUGGUAUUAAAAUUCAAAGUAAUAUAUGUAGCCUUAUAUCGCAGAGAUGCACAACACUAAAAUCGUAAUGAACAUUGUGUAGAAGAGUAUAACAAAAGUGUGAAUUCCGUAUAUCGGAGCUCUAUGUCCAUAUAAAACAAGUGCAGGGUGUGGGUGUGUAUAAGUUUGUUAAACUUUACAUUUUGGUGAACAACCGGGGAAAGAGUUUAUCCCUGAGUAUUUAUUUAUAAGACCAGAUUUGUAUAAAAGAUUGGUCAUUAAGCUCUUAAAUGUAUCAGUAUCAAUGUAUUCUAUUUUUAAUUUUGAUAAAAUGUGAAGCUUAGGUAAAAACAAAGAAAAGAGGGAGAAAUUAAACCUUUGCUCAAAACAAAAAUAACAAUUGCAGUUUAAAUAUGAAUAUUUUCCAAGCCCAGCCCUACUGUUUCACUGUUUUUCACCUUGCAGUGAUAGUUGCAUAAUAGCUUUUUUUGCCUAACAUCGCCUUUACAGUUUAAACCCAUUUUCCUUGGCAUGGUGGAUCCUCGCAGUGAGAUGGCACAGUAUCGUAAAGUGGUAAACAGCCAAAAGUGUGUGAGGGCAGGCGGGAAACACAAUGAUCUGGACGAUGUUGGGAAAGAUGUAUAUCAUCAUACUUUCUUCGAGAUGCUCGGGAACUGGUCUUUUGGUGAUUACUUUAAGGUAUGGCUCUUGCUGUUAAUUGUUAGCAGUCAGCAUUUUUGCUAAAACCAUAACAAUACAAUAAACUGAAGACUUUGGGGAUGUUCCUUAAAAGGGAAAUUAUAUGGUUCUGUAUGCCAAACAUCAAACUUUGCUGAAAGUGGUGGGAUUUUGACCGUGUUGACAAUUCUCAUAUCACAUACAGCCAGCUCACACCACACACACACAUCUCAUACAGCCAGCACAUACCACACAUACACACACAUUACAUAAACAAACAUUGCAUAUAGACAAAACACACCACAUAUAAAUAAAUUGUACAGACCAAGCACAAUGGUGCAGCACUCACUGCACAACACACACAUGACAUAAAAUCAACACACACACUAUGACAGUGGGAUGCACUCUGGGAGGUCAUAGGGUUAGACACUCAAGGGUAAUUCAUAAAGCUGAACAACUGACGCAAAUAUAGCCAUGGUGUGGAUGUAGUGGAGUUACAGAAUUUCCAGACAAACGAUUCUGUAUUUGUGAAAACGCCAUGAGUUUAUGUCAAUGUCCAGGUCUCUUAGCAGAGAUCCAAAUCUUUGUAAAUUAUUUUAUUUUGUGUCAGGACAAAUAGAUUGUCAUGGCGGACAAGUCGAUUAUCCUUUUUUUAUUUUUUUUUUAUUUUUUUUAUUCCACACCUCUGCAUUAUUCAAUGAAUACAUUUCUGUCAAUUUGAAAAUCCUCUUUUGUGCUUUCAAAUAAUUUCAAAUACUAUAUAAAUGUAGAAUUGGGACAUUUGGGGGAAAAACAAAACUUGUCAGUGAAUGUCAUUUAGAAAGAUACACAUUUGCAAAAUUACCAAGUUACCAUUCAUUGCUUUUGCAACCAAACAAUAAUUGUAAAUACUGUUUGCCUUGUGGCAGUGCUAGUGGGCAACAUGACCAGUUCAAAGUUCUGAUAGUAAAAAAAGGGUAUUUCAAGAUACUACUUUCACCUGUUAUUUUAUAUACCUUUUCUUAAGGUUAACGGUUGCCUUUUUCUUAGGAGAAAUCAUGUACCAUGGCCUGGGCUCUCCUCACUGAUGGAUAUCAGAUUCCUGCAGAACGCCUCUACGUCACUUAUUUUGGUGGAGAUCCAGCGCUGGGACUGGCAGCUGAUGAGGAGACUAAAGAGAUUUGGCUCAGCCUGGGGUAAGUACAAAAUAAAUCAUGUGAGAAAAAAUAUCCUGAUAGCUACAGGUUCCUAGAAUUAAAUAUAUAACGUGUCAAAAAAAUACUUAGUAGAACUCAAAAAUAUUCUAGACGAAGCAUUUUCUCUAUCUCUGAUCUCUAAGGAUGGAUAUAAUUUUAUGUUCAUAAAAAAAGUCCCGUGACUGCCACCUUUUAUUUACUUCCAAAAGUACAUAAAAGGCAACCUGUACUUAAAGAUAGACCAAUUGUCUCAGGCAGAUCCAACUUGACUCAAAAUAUGAGUGGAUCAGAUUAUGAGGAAAUCCGUUAUCGAACUCCCUUCAUAUCAAAGAUACCAAACACACAUUAAAUACUAUAGAUGGAAUAAAGUUGUCUUAUAAUUCCAUCCUAUGGAGUCUGGACGUUGAGAGCUUAUAUAGCUCUACCCCACGUGAGGUAGGCUUGCAACAUCUAAAAGCCUUCCUAGACAUACGCCCAGCAGCAUCUCCAAGACCUAACCAAUUUGUCCAGGAUUUGAUGCAUUUUAUCCUCACACACAAUUAUUUCGUUUUCCAAGGCAAACACUACCACCGGGUGAGAGGGACAGCUAUGGGGACAGCUUGUGCCCCCUCAUAUGCCAACCUCCACCUGAGUUGGUGGGAAAAGACUACGGUGUUUGGCACAAACUUGGAUAGGUACAUCAGAUAUCUCAGACUUUGAUAAAGAUAUAUGGAUGAUAUUCUAAUAGUAUGGACGGGUACCCUCAAAAUUUUCAAAGAAUUUGUUGCGGUACUCAACACCAAUGACAUUAAUCUGAGACUUACCAGCAAAAUAGGGGGGAAGAAAAUUAAUUUUCUAAAUAUCACUAUUAUGAUUAUGGAUGAUGGUUACCUGAUGACUACACUGUAUCGCAAACCAACAGUGACCAAUAAUUUCCUAAACUGGGAUAGCUAUCAUCCUCCGGCCUUCAAAAAGGGUAUACCAGUGGGACAAUAUUUGCGCCUUCGAUGCAAUUGUUCCACAAUAGAGGAUUUUAAACUAAAGGCUAAGACACUGAAAAACCAGUUUAGAAACAAGGGCUAUCCAAAUAGAUGCCUUUAGAUGACAUAAAAGCGCGCACUUCUAGCGGACCGCAAGGAACUUCUAGCAGAGGAUAUCCACAAAGAACCCUCACAGGAGACCAUUAGAUGCAUAGGGAACUUUGAUGCCGGCUGGCACUCAAUAGUAAAGAUUCUUGGAAGACUCUGGCUCCUAUUGCACCAAGAUCCACACAUACACAAAGUGAUAACUCCUCAUGCCUCAGUUACAGCAAGAAGAGGCCGCAAUAUCAAAAACCUCUUGAUCCUUAGUCAUUUCAGAACCACCCCCCAUAAGCAAACAUGGCUUAAAUCUCCAGUGCUGGGCACCUACUAGUGUGGCAGGUGUAAGGCCUGCAAAUUCAUACGUCGACCAUCCAAGAAAUUCUCAGAUUCCACGAAUACUCAAGAAUUUAAUGUUAGAACAUUCUUAUUUUUUUUUUAAAUUCUUUAUUUAGAGUUGACAUAAAUUACAGAGAUAAUCCUUGCAGAGUUUCUUAUCCAAUGCAAUAUUAGUACAAUAGAUAUAAAAUAGCAAAUACAAAUCUAUUUCACAUCGUUAGGUAGAUAACGGUACAGUGACAUGAAAUUUACAUAUCUGAAGGCCGUACAUAUUGGUCUUAUCAUAUCUGGUCAUAUGGUUGUAAAUAUCCAGUCAACAUGAGUUUUUAUUUUAAAUAAAUAAUAUCAGAACAUAGACCGGUCUAGCAGUAUGGUACAAAAAUAGGUGAUUGACAAUCUGGAGGUCGUACCCAUGGGCCUUACGGUCCUCUUCCACACCGUGGUUUGGUGAUGUUUUGUUUCUAGGAGAGUGGUCUGUGCCCCACUCUCCAACCAUUGGCCCAGACACUAUGAUGUAUCAGCGGUUUACUGUGGGCCGCGGUGGGACUACAAGGCACUUCCAUCGGUUAGUGAGAGUCCGAAGAAGAGUCUGAUAUCUGCAUUCUCCGUGCCUCUCACACCUAUAUAUGGGCUCAAUGUACAAUCACCAAUUGGUGUUAAGUCCUCCCCUUGAGGUCGGGGAUAAGUUACAGCUAGUAAGAUAGAUAAAGAUUAGAUAGAGCAAGAUGAAAAGAAGAGCGUGGGAGUGGUAUGGGGGGUGGGGCGAUAUAGAAACAUAGAAUGUGACGGCAGAUAAGAACCAUUCGGCCCAUCUGGUCUGCCCAAUUUUCGAAAUACUUUCAUUAGUCCCUAGUCUUAUCUUAUAGUUUAGGAUAGCCUUAUGCCUAUACCACGCAUGCUUAAACUCCUUUACUGUGUUAACCUCUACCACUUCAGCUGGAAGGCUAUUCCAUGUAUCCACUACCCUAUGAUCGCGUUCUGGUUCUCGUUUACCCAGAAGUAAAAGUCCCUAGCUAUACGGGAUUCCACUGUGCUGGGGAUUGUGGGAACCGCGAGGGAGCAUGGUACAGAGACAUGCUCCUCCUUCUUCACUCCUCAGCCAUCAGUGACAGGAGGAGGGCUGCCCGACCGGCGAGGCUGCCACCCGGCCCGGCGGCUCCAGCGUGGAAUGCGGCCGCAAGCCCACCAGUCCCCUCAGAGUGUGUGCCACCGGACCGGCCACCCGGUGGCACACACAUACUCAGCGCAGCCCCCAGAUGCCGCGGCCCACUGGGAAAUUUCCCAGUAUCCCGUUGGGCCAGUCCGGCCCUGCCCAGGGAUUACUAAAGUUUGAGGAUGCAGAACUUGAAAAGAGUUGAGUUGUACUUGGUCUUCAACCAGGAAGGUCCCUGUAGUGGCUUUUAUACUAAAAAGCACUGGGGGUAUGUUUAGCUGCAGAAAGUAAAUGUUGCCAUGCAUUGCGUUGCCAUAAUUUACCAUGCAGGACAAGAAUGACAGAGGUACUGGCCCAAGACAAAUUCAUAAAGCUAAAGUGGCUUGGGUGCAUUCUUGAUGUUUGUUAUGAACUUUAACAUUUGGAACCAGAUGAAUAUUUCAUUUUGAGAAUAAUAACUUCCAUAAUGAUGACAUUAUUGCAAGGCGAAUUAUCUCCAGUUUAAUAGAUUAGUUACUCAUGUUUGUAAAACAAGCCUAUAUUCCAGUUUAUUGUUCCUGGCCCUAAGUUUAUGGUCCUCCCCUAUUCGGCAUAAAAAGGUUAAAAAAAAUUAUUACGUUUUUUUUUUUUUUCCAUCGCUGAGUCUCCCUUAGCACUGCUUACCUCUCCUCCUCUUGCAGUGUCACAGAUGAGGCAUGGCCUGGUGACAGUCCAAUCCAACACAUGCAUCAAAUUUCCCCAUAGGAAAGCAUUAAAUCAAUGUUAUCAUAUGGGAGCUUUAGUCAAGUGAUAAAGUUUUACUCUGUUACUGCAACAUGAAUUGUAGUGUAUGUAAACAUUGCAGUUUCUCCAGAACGUCAGUGUUUUACAUUGCAGGGUUAAACAUACAGUACAACUGCACCCAGACCACUUUGUUGAGGUGAAGACGUCUGGGGGACUUUAGGGGUCCUUUUAAGGUCUUUUUCUGUUCUUUGUUUAUUUUAGAAGAUUUUUUUGCUGUGAAAAGUGCAUGUUAUCUCUGCAGUUCAAAUAAGUUGGCUUUAUAGAAUUCUUUACAAAUAAUUUAAAUGUUGCAUGAAUAAUACAGUCUCAUGCAACAUAACUAAUCCAUAUUGUAUGCUAAAAAGCGUUUGCAGUACUAUUUGUUUAAGUUUAAAUUGGUUUUCUUUUCUUUUGGAAAAAAAAAAUUGAUCUAAAAAUACAAACAUCAUGAAUGCUGAAAUCAAUAAUAAAGAAAUAGUGUAAUGUCUCACUGAGAGCAGGCACUCAACAAAAGAGAAGCACUGCUCUCAAUGGGACAGUGUCAGUGUGGGUAGUACCAGUCUACCCAGGGCAUAAACCCAACUAUAUAUACCCGUGAAAGCUCUAUCCAUAUCUCUAAAUGGUGUCUAAAAGUAAUGAAUAAAUGAAGGUAUAGAGGAGAUUCCCAGAAAUGGCUACAAUGUACUAUACAGACUUUAUUAAGUGCGGUCAAAUGUACAUGGUAACAACGGCUAAAUAGCGUAUAGUGGUAGAAACUUAUAUUAAAGUAAGUAGUACACAGGGGUUUAAGAAUAAAAGAAGAUGGAUACAAGUUUCCUCAGAUAAUCCUGUAAAUAGAGGAAGGGGUCAGUAUCUGUGAAGCAUAGAACCCUCCUCAAUGAAAUAACUUUAAGACACCAUUUAGCAAGCAUGAUUAUCUGUUAUUUCUUGUCUACCAGCAAGGGGGCUCAGCUUUUGGAUAGAGAUUUCUGCAGUAUAUAUAUAUUUUGAAAUAAAUAAUAAAAUUAGUUAAAAUUUGCCUGAAAUACAGCAUUCGGUGACGCUUUCAGUGAUGUUCUGCACUCUCCGGUCUGAUGACACAGCAGCUGUCACGAAGUCCAUUCAAAGGCUUCUCAUAGAAAAGACUUUGGUUGGACACUUUAAUCGUCUGAGCGCACGCACACGCUCUGCCUUCAGAGACGAAGCUAAUUACAUCUGUUUCUGACAAAGGAUGUAUUUAUUUGCAUAGAAUUGACAUUUGGCAGCCCAGAACUUUUUCCAAAGUCGCAUAUGCUAGGGUUGUAACUAGCCCCAGGCACAAAAGUGCAAAUAACUCAAUGAGCAAUGUUUCAAGCAGAAACGCUACAGACGCCUACCACUAUAACCACAACUAAAACCAGAAGUGGUCAUGGUUGUUGAAAUAACUCUUUAAAGUAAUCAAAUUGAUUUUCUUUUAAAUAACACUCAAGAUACUCAUCCAGUUUAUCUUUAAAAAUUAUCAAACUACAAAAUAAUAAAGUGUGUAUAUGUAAAAAUAAUACAUUGUUAUUAACAUUUAGUUAGAGUUAAAAUUUGAACUGUAUCAACUGCCAAUGUUUCAUUACUUAUGCCUAUAUUACAUAAUUAAUGUAUUAUAACACACAUCGACCAUUUAACUUAUCUGAUUUUGUUAGGCUCCAUUGUCCAUUCCAGUGUGAAUUGUUACAUUGUUUGCGGAGAUUAAAAACAAAACUAUCAAUACUAAUGCUAUAUGUCUGUGAAAAGAGCCAGGCUACCACAUCUGUUUAUUGUUUAUGCCUGCUACAUGUCUUUGCAACAAAGGCAUUCCCAAGGCACUCAAAGUGUUAAAGCCGCAGGCAGUUUUAAUGAAACAAAAAGGAACAGCAACGUUUCGAUCUCCUAAGAGGUCGAAACAUUGCUGUUUUUUGUUUCAUUAAAACUGCCUGCAGCUUUAACACUUUGAGUGUCUUGGGAAUUCCUUUGUUGCCUUGUCGUUGUGGGAUUGCUGGUCCUGCUCUGGAGCACCGGGUGGCUGCUGGGGUUGAGUGCGGCUCCUACCAUCAUCUUUGCUACAUGUCUUUGGCAAUCUCUCCCAUGACCACGACUCCUCAAAUUCCUGCUUUUAUACUUUGCAGCAUUACAGCAGAAUUGAUCAAAACUUACCUAAAUUGUGUUGCCAAUGGCUUUUAAAUUAAUGGUUAAAAGUGAAUAUUAAAAACUAGAUAUUAAAAAUGUAAAUGGCACAAAGCAUUUCAUUUUUUUAUGGCUUUUUCAAAAAGCAAUUGUAACAAAAUAUUUUUUAUCGCAAUAAACAUAACACAAUGAGUAAACAUACCCUAUGCCAUGUGCAGAUCAGCUAUUCAAAAAUAAAAUUAGUAGACGAUUUUCAUAAUUGAUUAUUAUUGGUUUUAUUGAUUAAAAAUUGUGUUAGUUGUUGAGCUUUGCACUCCAGGGUAUAGUUUUUCCCUAUUCCAAACACUCCAUCAAUACAUAAACAUAAAGUGUACAGUCAGUUUGCUAUUAUGUGCAUAUAUAUGCAAAGUACUGAAAAAAUGCCCACAUUUUCCUUGUCUCGUGUUACUGUUAGCAUUCCCUCAUCUCACCUGCUGCCAUUUGGAUUGAAAGACAACUUCUGGGAAAUGGGCGAGACUGGCCCAUGUGGCCCCUGCACCGAAAUACAUUAUGAUCACAUUGGAGGACGUAAUGCUUCUGCAUUGGUGAAUUGUGGCAACCCAGAUGUAGUGGAGAUCUGGAACCUUGUAUUUAUACAAUAUAACCGGUAAGUAAGUAAAAGAAGGAUCUAUAUACCAAUAAGUGUAAGUUAAAACUUUCAAAAAUAGAAAUGUUAAUAAUAGUUUAUUUGUAUCAAUUAACAAAAUGCACGAUGAGUGAACUGAAGUAAGUCUAAAUCCAAUCACUAUUUGGUGUGAUCACCCUUUGCCUUCAAAUUGGCAUCAAUUCUUCUAGGUACACUUGCGCACAUUUUGUUUUAAGAAACUCAGCAGACAGUUUCUUCUGUGGAUUUAGACAGCUUCAGUUGCUUGUGUCUCUUCAUAAAAACCCCAGACAGACUCGAUAUACCAUCACUUAAAGGACUUCUUGUUUUUCUUUAUGCUGAAGAUAAUUCAAGUUUUGACAUUUCAGUCAACAGUAGAUGGGCGUCAUUGGUUUUUGCCAAUUUUGAGCUGAUAACACUACUGUACAUCUGCUGAUUAUGAAGAAAAGUAAGCAUGAUGUGUCUUUUAUUUACCUCAAUAUGUUUUUUUCGGCCAGCCACUGCAUCUAUGGUCUUCAAUGGUGCCUGUUUCUUUAUGCUUCUUCUGAAAAAGCUUUGACUACAAAUCUGGAAAUCCCUGUCUGUCUUGAAACGUCUGCCUGGGAGAACCCUACUGAUGCAGUUUAACUACUUUAUGUUUUGCUGUUGUACUCAGCCGUGCCAUGGUGUGUAACUAUUGAUAUUAGACUGCCUUCUGCAACCUCACCUUGUUAGCAGAGUUUGUCUUUUCCUCGCAAAGAUUUAUUCCUCCUACACGGCUAUUUUUGUUUUACUUAAUUUGUGUUUCAACCUAUAUAUUAAAUUAAUGUUCAUUAGUAACUAUUUGGUAUAAUGGAUUAAUCAUGCUCCUGAAGAUAUGCCUACACGAUCCUUGAUUUUUCUUUUUUAAAACAACAUUAAUUUUUGGAGUGCAAUUGAACAAAGCGUGUUCUCAUCAAAAAUAGAUUUGAUUUUUUUUUUUUUUGUUCACUCACUUUGCAUUUUGUUCAUUGAAAACCAAAACAAACAAAUUAGCAACAUUUCUAUUUCUGAAAGCACCGAUGGAAAAGGUAGCUAUAUUUAGGUAAGUAUAUUUCUAUUUUACAUUUAUCUUACCUAUCUGAAGAGGACAUUGAAAUUAAUAUAUUUUGGAGAUGCCCAUGAUGCUUUGAAUGGCAAACAGAAAACAAUGCCUGGAAUGAGGAAAACAUUAACAAAUAACGAUAAGAACGAACAGUGAUCACAAGAAGAAGAUAUAAUUAUUUGUUCUUACAGGAAGAAACAAAUAAGGAAUAUAUGGGGAUGAUCUGUAGUUGCUAUUUAAAUUAAUAGCAGUUGGCUAGUAGGACUGUGGCAUCCUAAAUAACCUGUCUCUUCUAUAUGUUUGUGGAUAGCGAAGAAGAUCGGAGUCUGAGGCUUCUCCCACAACAACAUGUGGACACUGGAAUGGGUCUGGAAAGGCUGGUAACUGUGCUUCAGGGAAAGAGGUCAAAUUAUGAUACAGAUCUAUUCACACCGAUACUGGAGGCCAUUCACAAGGUACAAUUGAUGAAGAUCUCCUUUCCAAGGGUCAUAUUGCAGCACUGACAUGGCAUCUGUUGACAUAAAGCACAUUCAUCCAGUUCUAUUGCUUGGCUGCCUUAAUAUCUGACAAAUUUGAUACAAAUACAGAUCUAUAAUAUCUGCAACUUUUGGUGGGUAAUGAUUUUUUUCUGCAACCAAGAGGAGCUGAAUGUGAUUAAUAUUAUUUUUUUUUUUAAAUAAGAAUACUUACCUUGUUGUCAGAUCUUGAAUCUAGAAUUAAUUGAUUCUCCCAUUGUGUCUGUAGUUGAUAAUGAUAUAAUAAAGGGAUAAUAGAAUAUUUGGAACCAUGGCUGCUUAUUCCUGUUUUCAUGAGAUGUUUUCUACAUUUAACAAAGACUCACAUAGUUUUGUAAAAAGUAGUUUGUUUUAGUUACCGAUCACUCUUCCAUUUGGUCACUAAUUGCUGUAUUCAUAUUUGCUACAACUAAUGAAUUACUCAAAGAAUGCAAAAAGGUCUGAGGGUUUGGGAGACUUUCUACAUGAGCUUUACUUUUUCCCAAAGAAUGCAAUGUAUUAAUGGUACGCAAGUAUUCUCCUUACAUCUGUAGGAGUUUUUAUAUUGUUUACAGAAAAGUAUUAAUAAUAACAUGUUACAUUAUAAGUCAUAGUAUGUUAUGUGUUAAUGCAAAAUAACCACAAACAUGUUGUUUAAAAAGCUAUUUUAGUUGUAGAAAACAGGAUGCAAGUGUAUAGAAUAUAUAUAUGUAAGUUUAUUUUAAAAUACAUACACAUACAUAAAUAAUAUAUUUAGAUGGAGCCUCCACAGGCGACAGGUGAUGACAACUUGAUAUAGGUAUGACAGUGGACCAAAGCUUUGAUAUAUGCUGUUUUAAAUGAACACUAUAGACACCAUAACCACUUCUGGCAGGAGUAGGGCCAUCAUUGGAGGCUGGGCUUCAGACUGCUGGUGAAUCGAAAAUCUCUACUAAAAGGUGGGUAAUUGCGGAUGAGGCGGGACCCCAUGCCUGCUGACAGCAUGCACCAGUUCAAUCUGUAGAAGUGUUCGUGGUGCCUACAGUGUUCUUUUAAAGGGGCUAAAUCAAAGCCAAGUUUUAAAUUUAAAUAGUUAAACUAAAUUCUGAGUGCUUCAUCCACUUGAAGAUAUAUAUCCAGCCAAUCUUUUUUUGGCAGUGAUUGCAGCCAAUCAUGGAAUUGUUUGUUUAAACAGACAGUUCAUCUAAUACAAUAACAAUGUGAGAUCAUUCAGUAUAGGAAAAUGAGCCAAACGGUGAAAUUAAAUGGUAGGCUAGUUGCAGUCACAUAUUUUAGUGACAUAUUUUAUAUAUAUAUAUAUAUAUAUAUAUAUAUAUAUAUAUAUAUAUAUAUAUAUAUAUAUAUAUAUAUAUAUAUAUAUAUAUAUAUAUAUAUAAAUUUGCAUCUUGUAAUACCUUUUUUAUUGGACUAACAGAAUUUUUUAAUUUUUAAUUUCAAUGCUUCAGACUUGAGAAAGGGAGGUUCUCCCGAAAGCUUGUCAUUAAAAAAUUCUAUUAGUCCAAUAAAAAAGGUAUUACAAGAUACAAAUUUUAUCUGUUUUUUACAUCUACGUCACUGGACUAAUACGGCUACAAUCUCUACUUGAACACUAUAUAUAUUGUAUAAAAUAUACAAGUUAUCCUCGGCACACUUCCUUGAGGUUUUUUCAGCCUUGGUGCUACCAGCGUAUACAAAGUAGAAGAGGUGCACUCGUAGGACUUUUCAAAAAGUGUUGUUUAUUUUCUCAGUGUAAUAAAGUUUUAUCCCUAGGGGAGUAACUUUAAUACACUGAGAAAAUAAACAACACUUUUUGAAAAGUCCUACGAGUGCACCUCUUCUACUGUGUGUGUGUGUGUGUGUGUAUUCUCCUAAAGAGUUCCAUCAUCCAUCACCCAUCUAACAGUUAAUAAAAGUGCGAUUGCGUGUUUUAGGAGGACUGCGUUUUACGAAGUGUGUUGUGUUUUGCAUCUACAGAAGAAAGGGAUCAGCGCUCUCUAUCUAUACAAAAUACAACAGAAACAAUAAUAAAUAAGUAAAAAGUGGCAGCACACCUAAAAAGUAGGGCUCCCUCACAGGCCUUACAACAGAAAUGGUACAGAAAAAAGAAAGGAAGGCAGCGCCACUAUAAACCACAUAAAUUAAAAGAGCACAGAAUAGGCAGACUAGAAUGCAAUAUAUAUGAUAGAUAAUAAGCAAAUAGAAGUCCAGAAUAAAUAGUCUGACUGGUAGAUGAAUCAAACAACGAGGUAUUUCUUUGUAGAGGUGAAUACAGUCUUUUGUAGUGGGGGAUUCUUCAGAGUGGUGUAGAUGCGUCUUUGUACAUCAUAUGAAAAAAAAAAAAAAAAAAUAACAACUGAUGGUGCAGUAUGUCCCGAAAGGGGUAGAAGCAAUAAAAGAGUAUAUAAAAGUGUGAUUGCGUGUUUUAGGAGGACUGCGUUUUACGAAGUGUGUUGUGUUUUGCAUCUACAACUUAUUUUAGGAUUAACUGUUAGUCCGGCAGCAAAAAUACAUUCAAUUAACAAAUUUUUAUUACAAUUUGUUCACCAAGUGGUACACUGUUAUCCUGUCAUAGGUGUGGUGAUUUACAAUAGUUGGCAAUGUUUGUACCCUGACUCCUCUUUCACUGUAUGAAAGUACAUAAGUGUUAUGGUAUUCCCUGUUUUUAAUAAAGAUACUGGAAAGCAUAUAUUUAAAAUAACACAUUUUUUUUCCUUAAAACAAUUAAAUUAGAAUUGAUGCAUAACUUUAUCUGAAAAUAACAUCUUCGAGUAUGGAGACAUCUCACAACAACUUCAGUCUCAUGUUUCUAGUGUCACCAGAAUUCCUUAUUUACAUUAUUGGUUCAUGAUAAUUGUCUUCUCAUUUUAUAAAUUAUGUGUGCUUGUUUUUCAGGGUUCCCAGGUGUUACCAUAUCGGGGUCUUCUUGGGACAAAGGACCUAGGUCACAUAGACAUGGCUUAUCGCGUAAUAGCAGAUCACAUCAGAACUCUGUCUGUUUGUAUAGCUGAUGGCGUUUACCCUGGAAUGUCAGGUGCAGAGUAAGUACUGGGGAACAAUGCCCAGUUAUUACUAUUGAGAUUUUAUCUGCAUUGCUUGCAUUUUGCUUAUUUCCUGCUUCCAGUGUAGAUCUGACAUUGUAAGUGAUACUGAAGUGUUUUAAACACUUUUUAUUUUAAUAAUCUAAUCAAAGCUGUUUAGUUGAGUGCAACCCAUAUUGUAAGAUGCACGAUUAAAUGAGGAGGCUUAUUCCUGAUUAUAUGCAACCUCUCUGUUCAGUAGUAAACUCUUCAUUACCAACAACCAAAGUCAUAGCUAUGGCAUCAACCUGAAGAUGUCUAUUUUAGUCUACAUGCUUGUAUUUUAGGUAUCUCAACAAGCAGUGUUUGUGACUAAUUUAUAUACAUUUACAGAACCUUAAUAUAUUUCAUUAUUUAAAUGUUUGCAGAAAUAUUGGGAUUAAACACUAUGAUUUCACAGUAUUCCUUAUCUUGCAACAUUUUGUAUAAGUUGGGAAAUACCAUUUUGCAUGUAUCCUUUGUCAACAUAUACACACAAUUACUGUUUUUAUCUUAAUUGUGUACUACCCAUGUAUUAAAAUAAAUGUUACAUUGAUUUGAUUUUUUUUUUCAUUAAAAAUAAAAUUUGAUAUUGAAGGAUUUAUGACUUCUAACGGCACAUGCUUUAUAAGAAGUAAAUCUUAACAGCAUAUUGUUCUAUCGCAAAUUGCUAUGCUAUGAUUACAUGAACUUGUAAUAAUUUCAUGGCUACCAUGUUACUGAUAUUGUCCAAUUUAUUUGUCAGACAAGCUAAUUUGGACCUAAAAAAAUAAACAAUCGGUUUCUUUACAACUUAGACUUGUUUUGCGUCGGAUCCUGCGCAGAGCUGUCAGAUUCUCCUCUGAGAUUCUCCGUUGCCCUCCCGGCUUCCUCUCCUCUCUGGUCCCUACUGUUGUACAAAUUCUUGUAAGUAUAACAUGUCUACAUCAUAUUGCAUGGUUUGAUAUCUUAUCUACGCAAUCAGCAAAUAUUUAGCAUAUAUGAAGUAUAUGAAGUAAUUUUUUUGCAAAUACUGUACUCUGCCAGUGGCUGACUAUGCAUUUAGGCAUUAAAAUAGGAUUGGACAAUGUUCCCACCAUUAAUGGUGUCCCCUAAAAUGAGAAGGUAAAGUAAAUCGUAGGUAGAGAGAUUAAGAAAAGCUGUGGUGAUGGUAGGAGAGGGGUAGAACUGAGAAGGACACAAAUAUGUCCCUAAAGUAUAUCACACCAUUCUUGGUUAUAUAUAAAGUGGGGUCAGCAUUAAAAACCUCUGCUCACACUUAAGCAGUGCAUUAAAAGAAUACUCCCAACCCAAUGUUAAAAAUAAAUCCAUUUAUUUACAAGGUUGGAACAUUCUUUUUUUUUUUAAUUUUUUUAUUUAAUGCCCUCUGAUAUUUAAUAAAAAAAAAGUUACCUUUUUUCCAAGGCAGUAUUCUCUCCACAGCUCUGCCAAUGCAAUGAUUCUCAUAGAGAAGCCCCACCAAAAGUCUUAUAGAAGUGUUGAAUUAAAUGGUUUUGUAUUACACGUGCUCACUACCACUUUAAAUGUUCAUUCAGACUAAGCGAGCAAGAAACCCUCACAGCUCUAAGGACUCUUUCUUUUUAUUUAUUUAUAAAAAUACAAAUUUCUCUUGAAUCUGCACUUUUAUAUGGGGGAAAAAAGUGGGUACAACCUGAAGUGCUGACUUCGCUUAAAAGGAGUGAAACAUGCAAUUAUUUGUUCCAGUGCUGGGCAGUAAAAUAGAGGAUAAUGUAUCAGUAAAUCGGACUUAAAGGGAUUCUAUAGUGCCAGAAAUACAAAGCUUUUUGUGGAUUUUUGCCCAGUUUUUCACUGCAUAAUCUAUGUGUGCAUAACAUUAAAGGGGCUCUCUAAACAACUGAGAGUGCUAGACUAGCCCACUCUUUGCAUUUUCCAUCAGGCACUCCCUCCAGCUUGGACAAAAUUGGUUUUUGAUAAUGCAGAUUAAUUAAUUCAUCACGAUCGAUUUGACUCAUGGGAGCAGUCUUUGACGUAGACUGACAUAAAAUUGGGGAUGGCACCCAGAGGUCUUAGGCAACCUAACCUCUACAGUGAGCUGUAGAAGUUAUAUUGCUUAGUGUGUCCAUAUAUAUUCUAAAUAGGCCAGUUAUUUUCAUGCCCAUUAACCUUUAGUUUUCUCAUUUGUGGGAAAGUUCUAAAAUGAGUCUGUUAUUGAAUCAAUGUGAUAUCAUCUCCCCAGAUUACCAUGACUUUCAGAAAGGUGACACAUAGCCAAUUCUGUAACACAGGGAUACUUGUGCUUGCUUUUUUUAAAUUAAAAUUAUGAACUGCAAUAUUGAACAUCAAACAUAAACAAUACACUUUAAGUAUAUUUGUGUUUAAUCUUUUCACAGCAGGAAGCAUAUCCAGAGCUACAGAGGGAACAAGAGCAGGUCAGUGACUUUAUAUGUAAUGAAAAGUCUCAUUUGUAUUGUUGUUUUAUUCUUUUGGAGACAAUUACAUGACCUAAAGACCUGAUGGGAUAUUUUUGUUAAUUACAGGCCUGCUCAGGCAAUGGUCCAUUUAUUAACAAUACAAAACAAAUUUCAAAUUAUGUCAUCUGUUCUCAACGUUUUUGGUUCUUUUCGUACUCCAAAGCAUUUUGUUAUAUUUGCUCUCUGUUUAUUAACCUGGUGGUAAACUUUAAUUUCUUUUACUAUAGAUAAUGAGCAUUCUUAAUGAUAACGAAGAAGCGUUCCUCACCUCACUCAAACGCGGGAGACAUAUUAUAGACCGAACACUUCAGCAAGAGCAGUCUUCAAAUAUUUUCCCAGGCAAGUUCUGCCAUUCAUUUUUAGUGCAAGUGUCUUUAAUGAUUGGCAAUGCCAAACACGGGCCUGGAUUUAAAAAAAAAAAUCCGAAAAAUUUGCCCGCGAGCAACGCUAGCUGCUCUGUAGCAUUCAGUCUCUACUCAUGGUAGAAACUGUGCUAUGUACAUAUUCCCAAUACGAUACUUUGUAUAGUGUUCAGAUAUGAAAAGCACUUAUUUUCAACCAAACACCGAUUGCAUCCAACUGAUUGGUGCAGAUUCAUGUAGGCUGACCGAAAUCCAACCAGAAUUAGUUUUAGUAAAUGUGAGAAUUUCCAUUCCAGUCUGAAUUUGUUUAGUGAAUUACUAUGCAAAUCUCCUAUCUAUCACUUGACUGCCAACUCCCUUAAUUUAUCCAAAAUGGUUUGAGAUCUGUGCUGCAGUAGUUAUGGUGUUGGAAUGUUCCCUUAAGAACUAUUCACUGCACUCCAUCUGUUAGACAAUGUGCAAUCCUAUGACUAAUUUUCAUCUCUCAUCUUUAAUUUGUAUAUUAAUCCUUUGUUUGAAAUUGUAGCAAAUACAUUGGCAAAAUUCAAGGAGAUUACAUUCACGGGGCAUGCUGAGCUAUAUUUUCAUAGAAUGCAAUUAAAGGGACACUCCAGUGCCAGGAAAACAAACCGUUUUCCUGGCACUGCAGGUCCCCUCUCCCUCCCACCCCCCAUCCCAGGUUGCUGAAGGGGUUUAAACCCCUAUAGUGACUUACCGGAGUCCAGUGCCGAUGUUCUUCGGCACUGGUCCAGAGUCCGCCCACGCACCUCCCCCCGCCGACGUCAACCGGCAGGGGGACACCAAUUGGGCAUGCGCGGCCGCUGGCGGGGUGAGACCUAAUGUGCAUGCGCAGCAAUGCCGCGCACGCGCAUUAGACCUCCCCAUAGGAGAGCAUUGAAAAAUCCUUUCAAUGCUUCCCUAUGGGGAUUUUAGCAACGCUGGAGGUCCUCACAUAGCGUGAGGACGUCCAGCGACGCUACAGCACAGUUUUUGGUUUUUUUUUCUGUGCUAGAAACCCGGAAGUGCCCUCUAGUGGCUGUCUAGUAGACAGCCACUAGAGGAGGAGUUAACCCUGCAAGGUAAAUAUGGCAGUUUAUGAAAACUUCCUUACGUCAGCCGGUGGGCGAGACUGAUCGCGCCCGCUGGCUGAGGAGAACUAAUGUGCAUGCGCGGCAAUGCUGCGCACGCUCAUUAGAGCUCUCCAUAGGAAAGUUUUGAAAAAUGCUUUCAGUGCUUUCCUAUGGGGAAUUGAGCGACGCUGGAUGUCCUCAUACAGCGUGCUAGAAACCCGGAAGUGCCCUCUAGUGGCUGUCUAGUAGACAGCCACUAGAGGAGGAGUUAUCCGUGCAAAGUAAAUAUUGCAGUUUAUGAAAACUGCAAUAUUUACAGUUGCAGGGUUAAGGAUAGUGGGAGUUGGCACCCAGAAAACUCCAAUGGGCAGAAGUGGUCUGGGUGCCUGGAGUGUCCCUUUAAAAGGACUCUGUGGGCUAAAUAUCACACACCAUAUAUUGCAUGUGCCUUUGAUAUUGUCAUUACUAUUUUUCUUUAUUGUGAAUUGAAGAAAAUUCAAUAUUUAAUGCAUUUUCUUCUGCUUCUGUUUCUCUACUUGGGUGCUAGUCUGUCAUUUCCUCCUCAUAUCCAAGUCUUCCAACUGUCAGAUUGGUGUCAUUCACAGUACCAAGUUGUACGUGAAGUGACAGACAUAACUUUUACUGAGAGAUGGAUCUGUGUAAUGCUCAUAAUGUACGUCCCAUUAAUAAUUAUUCCUAUCACUUCAUGCUUUGAUCACUAGUCUGAGUAGCACAAAUCACACACCGUGCUGGGCACUGUGUGAAGUAAAUAUUUUUCUGCCGUCUGGGGAGUUGGAAGGAGCGGCAGAAAGCAUUUGUUGUGCAAAGCUAUCUGGCAAAUUGAGACUGGCUUUUGCAGAUUGUGAUUAAUACUAUACUGUGACUGUAGCUGAAGUGAAGAAUUUUCGUUUACAUUUUUUAAGUGGGUUCUAACAGAUAUUUAGUCUGAAUGUUGUCAUUUGAAUUUAAGUUUGUUACUCUUGUUACUGUUUCAUUUCAUUCCUAUCUCUUUUCUUUUUUUGUUUUCUCCACUAACAAAAUAUUGUGUCUAGCCAUGCUGCCUGAAAACAAGCAAUUAACUCAAAUUCUAUUCUUGUUUGUCAAUUAAAUCAGCCUAUUGGCAACACAUAGGAGGUAUGCCCUGCUUAAGGAAAGUGUGUGCAUUAUUGAACAAAUUGUUCCUUUCAAUUUAUUUCGUUUGAAAAGGUGCACUUCUUGAGUUAACAUCUGCAGUGGUAAUAUGAUCCUAGCGCUAGUUACUUCUGCUCCUGCACGUCUUCUUUGCAAUGAACCACUUAGUACAUCAGUACGCUGACUUGAGAUCUGGUCUCAGCAGCAGAUGAGUCAUCACUAGAACAGUUCACUGACUCAAUGAGCCUUCACUUUCCCAAAGAUUUGUAAUCCCUUUGGACCCCCUUUACCCAAAGGCAGUGGUUUCCAAACCAGUCCUCAAGACACGCCUACCAGUCCAGGAUAUAGGGAUUACCCAGUUGUACCUAAGGUAUUUUUAGUAAAUAAAAAUAAAAACACCUAAAUCCCUAAAUCCUGGACUGGUAUACGUGUCUUGAGGACUGGUUUGGAAUCACUGCCCUAAGGACUCCUGUCAACUUAGCCCCACCCUCCCCUAACCUUCAACACCCCAAAUAUGAACUCUAUAGAUAAAGUGAUGCAUCUAUGCUACUGCUGCCGCCAGAGUAGGCAGGCAGCAUUUAACAGUGGCAUCACCAUAGCAGUUUUGAGUGUUUAGGGGAGUCAUUCCCAGAGACCAGCUCACUUAGCAAGUGAACUAAUGAAUCCGUUCAUGAACCAUUUCUUUUUAAGAACUGUCUGAAAUAAACUGAUCUAAGUGAAUCCGACUUUCCAUUACUAGUGUGCACUGUGAGGAAGUGAGAUUUUCACCACUAAUGUGGUACAGAAAAUCUGUUAAAGUUUGUUCAGUUAAACAGUGGGGGGAUAUUCCUUUUCAGCAACCAGACUGUUAAAGGGAUCCCAGCACUUGAUCAGGUCCCUGAUACAACGAUUGGGCUGGUGAUAGACAUCUUAUUAUUAUCAUUUACAAAGCACCGUACUAUUCUAGAAAUUGCUCUUAAGGUGCCCUAGUUCUAACCAUCUUGCAUAUUGAAUUCAUUAUAUGUUGUGAAUACCAAAGUUGAACUCAUUGCUAUCUUGCCUUUUCUAGUUAAUGUGGCAUGGUCUCUGUACAGAAAUCUUGGAUUUCCAAUGGAUCUUAUUGGGCUUAUGUUGGAGGAGAAGGGAAUGUCAUUGGAUAAGGCUGCUUUGGAUCAGCUUGCACUUGAGGAAUCCAAGGUAAUGUAUUUAUUUCUGGAAUUCUUAUAUUGCGAACACUAGCAAAAUGAAUACAGCCCUACUUCACGUACAGCCAUAUCUCCCACUAAAAUUAAUAAAGAAACCAAGCAAGCUAUAUACAUGUACAUAAACUCUUAGUGUGGCUUUAAAAGUGAUUAAAUAUGUUUACAUUUUGAAAAGGCUAUAUUCAGCCUGGGGAAUUCAGAGAAUGAAACAGAGGCCCUGCUGAGUGCUGAUCUGCAGUACUAUCAGAUUGGUCCUGCAUGGUUUAAUAUUUUUAGUUCAAAGUGCGUGUUCCAUGCACCAGCAAUGCCAAUCUUACAGGGAAGAUUGCCUGAUGUCUGUAGUCAAGAGUCCCAGAGUAGGUAACCAUAACCAUUUAUAAUAAGCCUGACAUAUCUCAAGAACCCUGGAAAAUGUCCAAAUGAAAGCCAAUCAUGAAGUUCCAGUGGGUCGAGAUUCCUGUCAGUGUCCCAAAGAAGGCAUGGAGAGUGGGGAUGCAUGCAAAUGCCAGGAAAAUCUCUGGGUUCAGCAUCCAUUUGCUGGAGUCUCUCCAGUAAACAGAGAAUCAGUCCGCCACCAGAUUGCCUGUGCCUGGAAGAUAUUCCGCACAUAUGGAGAGGUUUCUGUCCAGAUCAAAUUUGUAGAGGUCCUUGGUCUGUUCAGCGAUAAGCCUGGAUCGAGAGGUGCCUAGGCGGUUGAUACAGCAAACAACCUACAUGUUAUCCUUACAUAGCACUGAGGUGUUAAAAUACAUUUUAAAAUCUACUUGGGCUAAAGUGGUAGCCCAAUCUACUUUGCAGUCAUGACAAUCUAAUUGUCCUGAUACAAAAUUAAAAAUUAGAAAGUUUGGGGACCCUGCUGAGACCUGGGCAUUGGCACUAAACAGAAUUUUUCUAGAUUAAAUCUGAAAGAGAAAACAGGCCAAAAUAGCUGAUCUGGAAAAAUAUUCCAGCUGAGCUGUAGUCACAACAGGAUAUUUUUUCCAAAUUAAUUUAAUGUGAGGGGGUACAAAUGCCACAUCCCUUAUAGCAGAAGGCCAAUUAGAUAACUUCUUAGAAAAAGACCAGAAGGAGAAAAAGCCUGCUAUAACCUCCAGACAGUUGACACAGAGGACAGUUGCCAUUUAAUGCCUCCAUAUUGCGAUGCCACCAAUAGAGUUCGAUGCGGACCUCAUCUGAAAGAGGAAUUAUCUGAUCAUAAGAGGAGUGUUGAAAGCAAGAAAUCUUUCGUCUCUGCAUGGCACAGUAGUGUAAAGGUCAUGGAAAAAUGGUCUGAAUUGCAGAGGAAAGUAGGCCAGUCAUCCUGUUGAGAUCUUGACAGUUGAUAGCUGGAAGGUGGAGAAAUUUGCAGAUGUCUUUUCAAAUGGCGGCAAUUUUCGAAGCUGAAAUUGUUUACGUUAAAUCUGUCCGAAAGCUACAAAAAAGAAAUAGUUUGUGGAUGGGAAACAAGGCCAACUUCUGGUCAUUUAUGAUGAAAAGUAGAUCCUGAAGUAGGUGUACUACAGUCUCUGUGUGGGAGCGCAGGCUGAUGGGGAAUCUAGAGGCUUCAGGAGCUUCGCAAAACAAAAAGGAUCAGAGCCAGGCCAAAUGAGAGGUACAUGAAUUGCCAUAGUCAACCAUUCCAGAGAAUUUUCAGGUAUUUCAUGUGAUCUUGAUGAAUAGGCAGGCAUCUCUGAGAUGCAGUUUGGAGUAUCUCAUAAAAGGUAGAUGCCUUCCAUCUUGAAAUGCUGAGAUAGUGAAGAUUUAUGACCCCUGGAAGACCCCGAUCUUCUUCCUGAUAAGGAAAAUGUUGCACGAGAAUACAGGAGAUCCAGAAGCCGGUCUGAUUGAGUGCUUGGCGAGUUAGUUUGCCUCUGCAUACAUGACACGGUUUGGAGCAGGAGGAAAAAGUUUAGGAGGGAGGACAAAGCCUAUGAGAUUAUCUGAAACAAUCUGCAGGAUCCAUUGAUUGUGAGAGACAUUCAGAAUGGAAGGCAAAUAGUUAACAUGUCAGCAAGUGGAUGAUGAGAAAAAGGAGAACUGCUUACUUGUGCUGAUUUGCCGUGGCUGCAGAAGCCACGUUUUGGGAAGAAGGACCUGUGUUGGUACUUAGUAUUGGCAGACUGGAGUAACUCCACUGUGUUUGGCCUGCCCUGGCAGGAAAAUUCUGAGUGACAUUUGAGCUUUAUUGAGGAAACUAAACAUCACCACAUGACUGUUAUGUUAUUUGACAAAUUUUGCUUAGAAGAUCAUGCAUUAGACAAAGUUCUUGUUCUUCUAGGUUAGUCAGCUUUGGAUCUAGAUGAUAUAGAGCCACUUUGUGGCAUUAGGUCGAGAUGGCCACAUCUGAUUGCCUAACAAGCAUAUAGCAUAUUAUGUCCACUCCAUAAGAGUGUGGUAAUCUGGUGUAGAUCGGCCAGAAACAACGGUUAAUAUGAAGAGUAGAGUUAAAAGGUCUGUAAUAUUUAGUAACUUGUCUUAGGUUUGAGACUUGAGACCAUGUUCCAGGCUUUUUCUUGGGUUCCAGCUGACUUGAGGGAGUCAUAUGGGGGCAUUCUUUUUUUAUUGUGGGCAUCCUUGUCCAUAAUAAAUUCCCUGGCAGAGCCCUUUCUGCGAAGGUGGGAUGUCUCAUCAGUAUUGGGUCAAAUGAAGGCUUGCUAGAAGCAUCUAGAAGUUAAGUGGAAUCCUUGGUGGAGGUUUGGCAUGUGGAAGCGCUCUUUGGUAUAGUCUGAGGAUUGUUUUACUAUGUGUCCGGGUUGAAACGAGAUUCAGAGGGACUGUUCUUUUGUGAUUGGAGACUCGCCACUUGACUGCCCAGCAUAGUACACUUCUAUGAGGUCAAAAUCCUUGGUGGACAGGUCCUCUUUGUGGGCUGUAGCGUGGAAGAACUAAGACUGGUGGGAGGAAGUGGUAGCUUCGCUGGUCUUUUGCCAGCAGAGAGGCUGCCACUCUUCCACAGUCUUUUGCAUGGGAAAACAUUAGGGCAGGAUUUGUGAUAAGCCCAUGGAGUGGUCACCAGACAGCUCCGGUGAAAGUGAAGCAUCAAGGCAUUAAUGGUAUCUCACCCUGUGUUGUGAAUAUUAAGCUAUUUGUAGGCUGAGAGCAUCAGACUGCAACAGAAAUAACUGGGCUGAACUGAUAGGUACCAGAUUCAAGAUUUUGUGGUUAAACUGUUAACGCUUUAAACCCUUGAGGUAAGCCGGCGCCCAUAAACCACCUCACACCAAACAAUUAAUAACUUAAUUGUUAUAGUUAUGGUGCCUGGAGCGUUCCUUUAAGGUAAGAAGACGCCCAGAAACUCUUGGCACUAUGAUAACUUAAUUAAGCUGAAAUUGUCAUGGUGCCCACAGUGUUCCUUUAACACUAUGAGGUAUUUUUUCAUUCAUAAUUUUAGUCAAUCUUUUAUCAAUAGUUAAGUUUUAAACGUAAAACAUCAAGAUACAUAAUUUUGAACAAUUAUUCACCUUUUUUGUUAGUACCGGAGAUAACACCUAAGCACAAUUUACGAAGUGUCUGUGUUUUAUAUGUCCCCUUGUAUUGUGUGCAGAAGAAAGUGAGGAACCAGCAGGUGGAUGAUGCUGAGACUGGUCUAGAACUGGAUGUACACUCCUUAAAUGAGCUACAUCGUGCAGGGAUACCACCCACUGACGAUUCCCCAAAAUAUGCAUAUUCCAUGGGGGCUGAUGGGAGAUAUGGUAAGCCAUUUUCAAGUUUUGCAACAAAAAAUUAAAUAAAUAUAAAUUAAGAAAUGUAUAUUUGUAAUAGUAAAGAGUUAUUUUUUUUUUUCCAAAAUGCCAAUCUGAUUUUUCUCUUUAGAUAAACUAGUUGGUAAUGGUGCUAAUAUCCUACCAGUAAAGCAUCCAGACUUUUGAAUGGGGCAUAGAAGGGAUGUCUUUUUAGGUUUUGUUUUUCACAACAGAAAACUUAAAUUCCCCUAAUGAAUUUUUGUAGACCAUUGCCUUUUUUAGUAUUGAUUGAAUUUUAAUAAACCUACUAGCAAGUUUCUGUCAGUCAUUUGGGUCCAGAGACGGGUGAAACAUGAAUAAUUUAACCAUCUUCAAAUAAUGUGUACAGUUGUUUACCUGUCAUUCUGAAAGUAACUCCUAGCCAUUCUCACCCUACAGUGUUUAGUCCAUGCCAGGCCACCAUACUCAUGCUCUAUAAAGACCAGACCCUGCACUCUGAGAUCGGAAGGGGUGUGUCCUGUGGUGUCAUUUUCAAUCAGACCAAUUUCUAUGCAGAGCAAGGAGGACAGACCCAUGAUGAGGGAUACUUUGUGCAUCAGGGUGCUCAGGUAAGAUUGUAAUGCCUUCAUAUUUUUGGUUUCUAACUUGUUAUAUAGCCACAUACCACCAUAACAAUAGCAAAUGAAACAAGGGAAAAUGUUUCCAUACAAAUAAACAUGCUGCAGACAAUGCAGUUAAAACAUAGGACAAUGAAAUGCACAUGGGUUGACUGUGCAAUUUAACUUAUGCAAAUGUGACCCACACCAAUAAAAAAUACAGCUAAAACAGGGAAUGUCUAAUAUAUUAAUCAAUCUGGUUUCUAUAAUGUAUAAAUGUAGGGAGGUGAAGUUUGUGAUAUGGUCUUACUCAUACUUCAGAGCAUCAGCUUGCUCUAAUAUAAGGAUUGGUGAGUUGCUAAAUAGAACAUGUUAGUGAAAUGUUUGUGUUCAUGUAUUUACGUCUAUCCUUGAGUAACCAGUGGACAGGCAAACACUUUUUGCCUGCCCACUAGUUAAACAAAACCCCAGUGGGGAUUGAGUUACAAUAAUGCAUGUAUUCCACUGUGUUAUAUGGGACCAUACUUUUCUUUACGACAAAUUAGUAGCUCCUGGCUGCACUUUAUCCCCAUUAUGACAUUCUGUUUGUUAAAGGGGACACUUCAGACACCAUAGCAACUUCAUUUAAAUAAAGUUCUUAUGGUGUCAGGACGCCCUUGCGCACUUUCUUACCUGAAGGGUAUGGAUGUUUCAGGUAGAUACUCAACUGGUUUAGUAAAACUAAAUCCUUUUAAUGAAAUAAUGCAGAAAAUAUUACAAGAAACUCGACCAAUUACCCAGGAAUACUUACAGCAAUGUAUGAACACACAACUUAAUCUUUUUUUUAAAAUAAUUAAACAAAUUAUUUGGAUCUAUGAAAGAAGACAAAGCAGUAUUUAGGGAAAGAAUUAGAGUAAAUGAACAAAAAAUGAGUCAAUGGAAUUUAAACUAAAAAGUGUACAGGAUGAUUGCACACUAAUAAAGAAGAAGCUGCACGAUUUGGAAGAAAAAUCGAUUGACAUGGAGGACAGAAUGCGCAGAAAAAAAUUGAGAAUUAGAGGUAUAAAUGAGAAUCUAGAUCCCAAUUUAUUAUCAGAAUUCUUAUUGGAUCUAUUUAAAAACAUGGGAGUUUCAGAAGCACAGAAGGAAGACAUAAUAGAACGAGCACAUAGAAUAGUAAAACCCAAGGGAAUCUCAGAAUCCCUUCCAAGAGAGAAUUGUUCGAUUUUCAUCUUUCUAUGUCAGGCAAAAAAAAUCCUCCAAGCUUCAAGAAACUUCAAAUCCAAUGUGGAAAAAUAUAAAAAUCUGCUCUUCUUUCAAGAUAUAUCUAACGGCAUAAGGAAAAAGAGAUAUGCCUUUAAGGACUUAAAUAUAAUAUUGAGAUCCAGACAAAUCAAAUAUACCUGGUGAUUUCCUACUAAAUAAUUUUUUGUGGCAUGAAAAUCAGCGAUACAUCAUACAUAAAGAUGAAGAAGGCCACAAAUGGUUAGAGGCACAUCCAGCAAAAUAGAAAGAAGUUCCAAGAAUUAAAGGAAAAGGACAUUAUUUAUUUGUUUGUUUGUUUGUUUUCCUACCUUACUUUCAUACUUCAUAUACUAAACAACAAAGAAGACAUGAAUAUUGGACUUGAAAGUUCCAUAUUCUGAAACUAAUGACAUUAUGAGAGAAAAGGAAAAAAAUUUAGAUUUUUUGUUUUGUUUUCUCUCUGUCUUCCCCCCAAGUAGUCAAUCCUCUCCUACUCAGAAACAUGUUAUAGCUUAUAUAUUGUUUAAAAGAUGUUAUAUUUUUGCUUAAUGCAAUGUUAAUACUUAAAAUCUUAAUACUCAUAAUCCUGAAAAUUAAUGUAAUAGAGGGGGGUAGGUUGAUUAGGUUACAGUAUGACAAAAAUCAUAUAUGAUCACAUGGAUUGAAAAGGUGUGAGAGAAUUUUUUUUAAGAUUCAAUUCGCUUGUUCUACAGGAGUGUAAUACUCUUCACUUUCUUUUUUCUUUUUUUUUUUAUUAUUUAUGAAUACUGCACAAACUCUACAUUUUACAAUAUAUACACUUUAGUCUUUCCACUAAAAUGUGCGCAUCUUCUUGCAUGGAGAAUUUAGUAACUUACAGUAGUGAUGGUGCGCAACAACAAAAAUCGUAUUCACUAUGGACCUCUUAUAGAGAGUGAAAGUAACCCUGUGUACAUGAAAUGAGGUGUUUACAAAGUGGAAAUAUUAUAAGUAAUUGAAACACAAACAGUGGUUGUGGUAAAACAAAGCACAAUCUGUAGGUAUACUUGCAAACAUGGAAAUUACUCUGACACCUAUUAAGGAGACAAAAACAGAAAGAGAGCUCCUAGUGCAGCAUAGUAAUUCACUUAUAAAUAUAUAAAAUAAAGCAAACAGAGGUGCCCUUUAGGUGUUACACUCACAAGAUUGGAGUGGUAAAAGCACCACUCGUUGCUAUAGCACUCAGGGAGGAUCAGCCCCUAGAGUGUGUGGAAUCCGUGGAAAGGAAGCUUGCAAUCCGGAUCUCAGGUAAGUAUACUUUAUUAAUAGCAAUUUAAAAACAGCAAAACUUGUUGUGGAGGUAGUUAGUCCACUCACCGCAAAGAAAGCCGUUUGAUAAUGCCCUGUGGGUGGGGCGAAAUGCAUUACGGACCCGGAACCAGGAAGUGAUUUGGAGACGGUCGGCAACAGGAGCCAGGAUAGUAGCCGGAAGAUUUUUUUACAUUGCAUGAGUAUAUGGAACUUUCUUUGCGGUUUCCUGAGGCUUGUGAGCGGACUAACUACCUCCACAACAAGUUAUUUUAUGUUCAAAUCGUUUUACCAGGAUUUGUUUUUGUUGGUUGCUGCAUGAUCCUGCAUGAUGCAGAUCCUUCUCCCAUUUGCGCCAUCCUAUUUAUAAUCGUUUUUUCAUGGAGAAUUUAGUGACUGAGGAAGUUAUGAAAAGUGCUAAAAAGGGAAAGUAUGGACCUGAAGUACUUGAUUAUUUUUCUUUUUGUGUUUUUUUUGUUUUUGUUGUUUUUUUUUCUCAUCAUUGUGGGCCAUGUUCAGUCUCCUUUAUUUGAAACUAAUUUGUGCUAUAUUUGGAAAAACAAUCUGUCAUAAACAAUCAGUCCUGUUGAUGUUCCUGUUAGGGCUAUAUUUUAUUUGUUGAUUUGUACAAAGGUGAUGGAUUGCCUGCAUCUCCCAGGGUUAACGUGUCUAAUAUGACAGAGACCUAAAUGUGAUCUAGCAAUGCACUUGUCAUCUGGCGUUUCUUCCCUUGCAGGACGUGAUGUUCCCAGUGGAAUCAGUGAGGUUAUCUGGUGGCUACGUUGUGCACAAAGUUACAACUUCAGAAAAACUGCAGAUUGGAGACAAGGUCCUGCUCUUUCUGGAUGAGGUACUAAGUGGUUGUGAGAAACACUAAGUAGUUCACCUCUUGGUGGCUGAUAUUGAUGUCCUCCACUGUAUCAUAUACCCUGGAGUGUGACUUGAUGCUAAUUAUAAAAACAACAGAUUAAUAUGCUCGGACUCUCAUUUGUUCUUAUCUCACAGGCACAACGCCUUUCCUGCAUGAUUAAGCACACUGCCACUCACUUGCUAAACUUUGUCUUGAGUCGGGUCAUAGGAGAGAGUACAGCCCAGAGAGGAUCACAUGUCACAGCAGAACGCCUGCGGUUUGAUUUCAGCGUUAAGGUAAGAAUGGGAUUCCUAAUAAAAAGAAUAGCAAAAGAGAAAAGCAAAGAAAGAAAAUUCUGGUUUAUAAAAAUCUACAUUUCUGUGUAUGUCAUCAGUUUGUGCAUGGAGAUUCAUGGAAUCGUUGUCUCCUUGACCCACGAAUGUGUUUUUUUUUAUAUUGAUUAUUUAGUAUUUACUAAAGUAAAUUGCAUUGUUUUAAAUUAAAUAAAAAUUUUAAGUUUAAGGCCAAAGUAGUCCAACUGGAAAAAUUACCCCUAGUCGACAAUGCUUCAUGUAGAGCUCUUUUUGAUCAUAUAUUUGAAAUUCACUUUAUUUUUCUGACAGUUCUCACAAUAGCGAAUAGCCCUCGGAGCUUUAAUGUUACUCUGGACUUCAGAGUCCAAACAUAAAAUGAAAACUGCAGCCCACUGGAAUAGUUAAAGUUGAUGUUUCUUCUACUGAACAGUGUUUAUAGAUCAGGAUUUCUUGUGUUGUGUCCUAAAAAUGUCACAUAGAACCUACAUUAAAUCUUUGUUUUCUACAAUCCAUUGCCAAAUUAUGUUGUCACUAUUUGUUAGGCUUUUGUCUGUCAUUUCUACUAGGCCCCUGUUACAACCCAGCAGUUACAGGAAGUGGAGCGCGAGUUGCAGAAAAUGAUUGCACGUAAUGAACAAAUCCACACUUCACAAGUAGCACUCAGAGAUGCCAAAAGUGUCAAAGGACUCCGUACUGUGGAUGAGGUAUUUCUAUUCUUCCCCAGUAUUAGAAUGAUUUAUAUUUUUAGAAAGUAUUCAGGGAUACGGUUUUCAUUUAGGGGAUUAAGCCACCAGUACUUUUCAUUAAAUCAGUUGAUCUCAGUACAGAAUUAAAUUUUUGCACAAUUUGGGGCAGUAUGUAUCUGCGAUAUACUGCAGGGUUGUUUUGAUGUACAAAUCAUUAGGGCCACAUUAUAUAUUGCGAAACAAAUAUCCACCAGAUUCAUAGGAAAAAGUGAAUAGUUAUCUCUGAUUCAUCUUCGCAAACCAGAUGCUUGAAUAUUACUUUUCCCAUUUUACAUAUGCAAGCAUAAGAUUACUGAUGUAACAUGUCAUGUUCAUUUUGUUGUCUGCAGGAAACUGCCAAACAGUUGCCUGUGGAUGUGAGGGUAUAACAUUUGGUUCUAUGCAUACUUUACAUGGUUUUCUCAUUUCUCUUAAAGGGACACAAUAGUUACCACGACUACUUAAUCUCAUUGAAGUGGUCUGGGUGCAAUGUCCCUGUCCCACUUAGUCCUGCAAUGUAAAUCAUUGCAGUUUCUGAGAAAGUGCACUUAUUACCUUGCAGGACUAAGGCCGCCUUUAGAGGCACUUCCUUAAUGCUCGCUGACUCUGUGUCUCCUAAAUGAUGCAAGGCAAUGCUUUCCUAUGGAGGGGGCCUAAUGCACUUGCAGCGCAUUUGCAAUAGCCCCUUAGUCGGAUAACGUUGGGGGAGGCGGAGUACCGACCCAUCUCCGAGGGACAGAUUUGUAUUCCUAACACUGUCAAAUCCCUUUAAAUGUAUUUUUCUUAAAUUUUUCAUUUUAUUUCUGUAUAUUCUAAACAAUUUAACUGUCUUAACUUUUAUCCUGUACAGCUGAAUUAUACUUUCCUCUCUAUUACCUUCUUUAUUUCCUGACAUCAUUUAAUUUUGUAUUUCUUCUCAUGCCUGCAGGUUUACCCUGAUCCAGUGCGUGUGGUAUCUGUGGGUGUUCCUGUACACAGUUUGCUGAAGCCAGACUCACAAGCUGCCACGCAGACAUCAGUAGAGCUUUGCUGCGGCACGUAAGUAUUUUUACCAUCUCACCGAUUGCUCUAUUACAAGUAUUUGUAUGAUUGUUUUAGUCCUUUUUAGAAUAAUUCCUUAAAUCACUCACAAGUCCUACUCUGUAUUAUUUAUUUACUGUAUUCUUUACACACAGACACUUGCACAGGACAGGAGCCAUUGAGGAUCUGGUGUUAAUUUCAGAACGGCAACUAGUAAAAGGUGUCUCUCGUCUGAUUGCUGUCACAGGAAAAGAUGCCAAGCAGGUCUGUGACUUUGAAGCCUGCCCCUUUUACCUCUUUAUAAAUUUGCUCAUAAUACUGAGGCUGAGCCCACAGCUAUUCUAUAUACCGUGUACAGAUUUACUUUACGGAGUGUGUCCCCUCUGUGCUGUAUAAUUUUGCCAGCAACACAUAGACCCUAUGUUGAAAUGUUCUUUAUGUUUUAACAGUGUUGCUUCAAUCCAUACUGAAAUAAUUGAUAUUCCUGCAGGCAAGAGAAACCGGAAAGGAGCUGUCAGUAGAAGUGGAAUCCAUCACAGAACGCCUUCGGAUAAAACCUACUACACUUGAUGAAGCAUUUCGGCUCUCAAGGGAAGUAGGGGCUCUUUCAAAUGUGAGUGUAGACUGAUGCUCUGACAUUUCCCAAGGAACAACUUCUUUGUUUCUUCUGAAAAUAAAGAAAUGGAGAUAAUGAGUGGUCCCUUUAUGUACUAAGUGUACCAGCUAGGUUUACUUUUUUUUUUUUUUUUUUUUAUUAAUUAUGUUCUGUAUUCAAAAGUUAUUCGUUUUUCACAAUAUGUAAAACAUCACUAAAAACUACAUAUCUACGGAAAAUACAUAUUAUUACAAUAGCUGUGUUCUACAGUAUUUCGUAAGGACGUAGACAAUUUGGGUGCGUGCCACCAAUGGUCCAACAGAGAUUAAAGGGCAUAUUUUUAAGAGCUUAUUUCCUUAUAACUUGCUACACCAAAUCUUAUUGAAAGUCAGGGGGUAAUUUGUAAAGUAAGAGAGUACUAUAAUUAAUCGGUUAUCCUGGAAGGCCACAUUUAAAAUAUACGGAUUGCAAGUUAAAGUGUGAGGGCUUUUCAAUUAAGGUCCCUAUCCAGGGAAGCCACCUUUAUUCAAAGACUGAGCUUUCUCCUAAAUGAAAAUAAAUGCCCCUUUCCAUAUUAUAUUGAUAUUUAAGUUGGGAGAGGACCUGAGGCCACUUAGGCAUAGUUUGUUGUAACCAAUGUCCUGAUAUAACUACUUUUGUUGCCAUUAUGGUUGUAUUAUUAGAUAUCUUUUUGGUAAUUGAAAUCUUGAUAUAUUAAAAUGAAACAGAGCUGUCAUAAAAUUGGGAUCCAAGUCUUCUAGAACCAGAACAGGGAAUCUCUUUUAUUGCCCUACUCCAUAAAUUACUGAUCAAUACACAGUCCCAGCAGAUAUGUUUAGAGUUACCCACUUCACGGUAACCUAUCCAACAUAACUUUGAGUUGUUAGAAUUCAUUUUAUUUAAAAUAUAUUUGGAACCACAUUCCAUUGAUGCAGUAUCUUAUAAUGGGGUUUCAACAAUAUUUAGACAGUGAAUUGAUUUUUUUCACCUCUUGUAUGGAUUUAAAUGACAUGUCAGGGGGCUGUGUAGUAUAUCCAUUUUUUUUGUCCCAAUUUUUCUAAGCUCUAGGUUUAAGUUCUACCUCCUCCAGGUUCAUAAUCUCAUAGCACUAUGCUAUGGAUCUAAAUUUUAUUUAAUUUUUAAAUAAAUCAUUUAUUUUUUGAUUUAAUACAUUUAUCUCUAUUAUCAAAUGCGAAGUUAGAUAAUUAUUUACUCUUAGGUUAUUAAAGAUCUAAUUUGAAGGAAGGGUAAUGGACUGCUGUAAUUGCGGUAAAGAUUUUAUAGUAUUUCCCUCUAUAGUAUCUAUUAUUGUAAGUGGGACAUGUCUUAGCCAAUACUUUAACUGCAGAUCCCCAACAUUUUGUUCAAUUGCUUUAAUAGGACUGUAUUUGGAAAUUUUAUAAAGUAGUUUAUUUUCUCUUAGUUCAUCCAAUUAGAAUAUAAUUCUUUUAAAUGUGGGCACUCCAUUUUUGUAAGGAAGCUAUUCCCAGCCUUCUUAUCGGGCUAAAUCACGUCAGCAAGGUCUCAUCUCGUUUAUUUAAUAUAUAGAUACUUAAAUUUUAAACCAGAUAUCUUCUCUUGAACUUGGGUCCUGCUAUCUCCACAAGUGAUGCAUUCUCCUUGCCUCAUAGUAUUUUAUGAUAUUGGCAACCCCAAGAUCCCCCCCCUAUCUGCUCUCUCCAUUAUGUUGGAAGCUGCAAUUCUUGGUCUCGUUUGCCCCCAAAUAUAACUCAUAAAGAGACUAUGUAUUUGUUUAAGUUUCCAUUGUGGUAUAGUUAAAUGAUCACUAUAGUCAACAUAUAAAAUCAAGAAAGACAGUUCCCCUCUGCUGGCAGCAACCACACGGGAUGUGUUGUCCACUUGAGUUGGCCAAAAUCUGCUAUGCCAGGCAUGGGUGCUAUCUUCCAGCCAUUCAGGAGGUGUUUAGUUGUGGUUAUCUAAUCUAAAUUGUCCCUCACCUUUGGGGAGAUUGUUUCUCUGUGUCCCUGUUUGGUGUCUGCACAGUACAUAGUCCUGUACUCUAGCUUGUGUGUGUUCAAUAAUCGUCUGAACUGGUUGGCGUUGACAAUGUGAACAAACAAAUCAACAUAUUAACUAUAUACAUUGUGGGUUACGUUAUGGGAUCUCCUUAUGUGCGCCAGUGCCUGAUGUUGUGAGCCUGAAGACUUGUUUGUUGGUGUGGUGUUGCAGGUAUGAGCGUGAGUCGAUUUUUUUUUUUUUUGCGAGUUCACCUCCCUCCAUGUUUCCGCCUCCCUUCCCUAUGUCUGGUGAUUAUGUCACCCGUGUGUGGAGAGACAUGGGUGUCCCAUUGUGCUCUAGCUUCAGCGUAAAACAGCCAUGCCCAUGGCUGGAGUAUGGUCAUUGCUUCGUAGUCUAUGUUUGUUGAAACCUGCUUGAUCAAGAGAUGCUGCAGAGGCGUCUCUAUUGAUUUCCAUGCUCUAGCAAUAAGCGUGUUGUCUGCGAUCAGUAUGUGGAAGAGCAGUAUGGAGUCUGAUUUGUUGUAUGUGUUUAAUGUCAUGAAAAGUAGGCACAAUUCCGGUGUGAGCGAUAUGUGUUGAUGCAGUACUUCUGAUAGUACCUCACCCACUAUCUUCCAGUAUGUUUUGAGUUUAGUGCACGACCAUCAUAUGUGGUACAUAGUACCCCUGUCUUUUUGGCACCUCCAACAUUGAUCAGUGGUUCCUGGAUAUAUCUGCGCUAGUCUGGCUGGCACCAUGUACCAGCGAUAUUGCAAUUUUCGCAUGAGCUCCAGGUGUGCCUCACUGCCUCUAUGUGCUGUGAAUGCCUGUUUCCAGGCGGUCUUGUCGAAUGUGCGGCCUAUGUCCGUCUGCCAUGCGUGUACAUGUGUGUCUACAGUGCCUCCCCCCUGGUCAUUUAGUAAGUUGUAAGUCAUUGCGAGUAUUUUUCGAGGGGUGCUGGGAGAUAGGCAGGCUUGCUCAAAUUGUGUCAGCUGUGGCGCUGGAGCGUCUUUGUCAGUGUCAGAUAACAUGGAUUUCACCUGGAGUUAGGAGAAUUUUAGCCUGGAGGAUAGGUUAAAUCUGCUCUGCAGGUCUGGGAAUUGUGCUAGUUGGUUGUUUACAUACAGGUGUCUCACGUGUGUGCAUCCCCCCCCGAAACCCACUGGCGAUGUUUGAAGGAAAGGUUGGCUAAAUGCAUGCUGUGCAGAAGAGCAGCCAGAGACCAGUGCUUUCGGGAGCAUAAUGUUCCCCCGUGUGUGUCCCAUGUUUUGAGUAAGAGAACUGUAGGGGGCAGCCUCUCUGGCGACACAGGUCUCUGUGGCUGCGGCACCCAGAAUAACUGGGUCUUGGCGGUCCAGUGGGACUCAAUGUCUACCCAUUGUGGUUGGUUUUCUGUCGCGUGUGAAGGGAUCACUGUAGCAAGCAGAGCUGCUUUAUAAUAGAGGCGUUUGUUUGGCAUGCCCGGUCCUCCCCUCUCUAUGUGUUUGUGUAGGGUUGACGAUGCUACUCUUAUUUUGCGGUGUCCCCAGAUAAAUUUGGUGAACAUCCUCUGUAGGGUGUCAAUAUAAGAUUUAGGAAGCAGUAUUUGUAAGGUCCGCAGUAGGUAUUGGAAUUUAGAUAGGAGGGUCAUUUUGAUAGCUGCUUGUCUGCCCAGCCAGGAGACGAGCUUUCCCUCCCAUGAUUUUAGAGUGGCCGUCAGUUCUUCUGCUAGUUUUCCGUAGUUUCUGUGGGACAGUGCAUCUGGGUUUUGGGUGAUAGUGAGUCCUAGGAAGGUAACAUUAUCUGUCCACUAGUCUAAUGCGUAUGUGGUCUGUAGUGCUGUUGUGACUCCCCUGGGUAGGCCCACCCCUAAUGCUUGAGUUUUAGUCACGUUAAGUUUGUACUAUGACUGUUUUCCGUAUGUGGCCACUUCUUCUAGGAGGUUCGGUAGCGAUGUCUGGGGUUGAGUCAAGGUCAAUAAGAUAUCAUCAGCAAAUAAAUUUGUAUUCUUUAUUUCCAAUUUGGACCCAGUGUAUAUCUGAGUUGUUCCUAAUUCUGGUUACCAGUGGUUCCAACGCCACAACAUAGAGUAAGGGGGACAGUGGACACCCGUGACGCGUCCCAUUGGAGAUGGUAAACGGGUCGAACACGAAGCCCGCGUUUAGUACCUGAGCGGAGGGUGAAUUAUAUAAUGCACUGACCAUUAUUAUUCGGGAAGCCGAAUUUAGAAAGUACCCGCUCCAGGAAGGUCCAGUGUAAACGGUCAAAGGCCUUUUCUGCAUCAAGGGAGAGUAUCAGGCCGCCCCGGCCAUCCAGCCUUAAGCUGUGUAUUAUAUCAAAUACCUUGCGUGAGUUGUCUGUGCCCUGUCUGCCAGUAACAAAUCCCACCUGAUCAGUGUGUAUGAUGUGGGGAAGGAUGUCACUCAGGAUGUAUAUUUUGGCGAACAGCUUUGCGUCUGUGUUUAGAAACGAAAUCGGUGUAAAGUUUUGGGGAUGUGUGGGAGGCUUUCCGGGCUUUGGCAGUGGGACAAUGUGGGCAGCUAAUAUCUCUUUUCUAAGUGAUUCGGAGUGUACUGCUUCUGUGAAAGCAUGAACUAAGUGUGGGGUUAGUUUUGUCUGGAAUGUUUUGUAGUAAGACUUGUCUAAGCCGUCCGGGCCAGGUGAUUUUCCUGAUGGUAGAGCUUUAAUAGCUUCUUUCUCCUCUUCGUCUGUGAUAGGGUUGUAUAGAGUAGUCUGUUAGGCUAGCGAUAAGCGGGGUAGGUGGUUUGUGUCUAGAUACUGUCUGUCAGCGGUUGGUGGACGGUAGUGUCUUUGUUGAGGUUGUAUAGGUCGGCAUAAUACCUGGCGAACGCAUUGAUGAUUUCCCGAGGCAUCAUGGAUUUUUCCCCAUUAAGUUUGAGGAAGUACGCUAUUUUUUGUUUGGCUUGUUGUUCCCUGAGCCUGGUGGCAAAGAGCUUACUUGCUUUGUUGCCUUGUGUGUAAUUCGUGGCUUUCAAUUUUUUAAGGUAAAAGUUUGUGCGUUCUAGUGCGUGCUGAUGGACCCUCCUGGUGAGGGACACUAUCUUGUCUCUCAGCUCAGUGCUGGGUGUGAGUUGGUUUUGUGUGUUUAGGUGGCACAGCUCUUGUUGCCAUUGUCGCAGUUGGGUCUGUGUUUGUCCCUCUCUAUCCAUCCAUCCCUCUCUAUCCAUCCAUCCCUCUCUAUCCAUCCAUCCCUUUCCAAUGAGUCUCUUGUAUAAAUCCCACCGUUACGUGUUGUUUUUUCUUAUGUAAUCUUACAAUAAGUGGCGUUUUUUUUAGCUGUGUUUAUCCCCUUAACAUUUAGUGUUGCAAAUAUAAAUUUUUCGUCCAUAUUCUUUUAGCCCAAAUAUCCAACAUCUUCUCUGAUAGACCAUUGGCCACCCGCACAAACACUUAACAAACAACUAUCAUCAUUAGAAUACUAAGACUCACUUAAUCUGGGGAGGUGCUGGCUACAAGCCCUCAUUGUAGACAACAAGUUCCCAGGUGAGUGUCCUGCCCGACCACUCUGGUUGGACACUACUUUGCGCACUACUUAUAAGAGCAGAAAAUAAGUUGAAAUGUUUAUGUUUUAACAGUGUUAUUUCAAUCCAUACUGAAAUAAUUGUUUUACCCACUUACUUGGGGAACAAAAAGGCCAUCUGAGGCUCUUUGCAGUACAAGGUUAAAUAUGGCCAUGGAACGCACCCCUCCCUUUCACAGGUUCCUCAUUCCAGGUCCCUGUUUAACCUUGUACCUCAGAGAGCCCCAGAUUAAAUUUUUAUUCCCCAAGUAAAUGGGUUAAUCUCAUAAGAAUAGACAUUAGGUUGGUAGAGUAGGACCUGCCAAAGAUGGGGUAAAUUGACGUUGUGGCAGGCUUAUGCAACGUAUGAUCAUAUACUGUAACUAAACCCCCAUUUUUUUUGCCUAGAUAAGGUGUUUAAAAAAAAUAAAAAAUAAAAAUCUAUGUGCUUUGAAGUUGCUAUUUAGUGGAUGAGUGAGUGCACUGAAUCAUGUGUAAUAUAUAUAAAUAUGUAGAGAUUGUAGCCGUAUUAGUCCAGUGAUGUAGAUGAAAAAAACAUAUAAUAUUUGUAUCUUGUAAUACCUUUUUUAUUGGACUAACAGAAUUUUUUUCAUGACAAGCUUUCGGGAGAACCUCCCUUCAGACGUAAGAAAGGAAGGUUCUCCCGAAAGCUUGUCAUGAAAAAAUGCUUUUAGUCCAAUAAAAAAGGUAUUACAAGAUACAAAUAUUAUCUGUUUAUUAUAUAUAUAUAUAUAUAUAUAUAUAUAUGUGUGUGUGUGUGUGUGUGUGUGUGUGUGUGUAAAUAUUACAUAAGUAAAAAUAGUAAAAUAUUAAAGAGCUAAAACAUAGGACAAUGUUAAACUAAUUAAAUUACAUUUGUUCUGGAAACUAUUUUAUAACUAUCCCUUUUGUUGCUGACUCAGAUUGUAGACAGCGCCAUCAUGCCUCAAUGGCAGAAAAAGGAACUGCAAGCAGGUCUGAAAGCUUUGCAGCGUUCUGCUAACACUGUCAUUCGCAAGCUGGAAAUUAAACAGGUAAUAUCUGAUGGCAGGAUUUCUUCAUCUCAGUCAGGAUUAAUUUCUUCUUUAAACUGUCCAAGAAAUAAUUCUGUUGUCAGGUAUAUGUAAAUAAUACUCAUUCAUUUAUAAGAAUGUCAAACCUGUAGUCCUUUUUAUAAUUUAGACUUAUUUGUUUGCUUUUGUGAUGAGCCAUGAUUAUAAAUAAGCUCUGCAGAGCCCGGCAGUAUUUUCUUAGCUCUGGAUGUCCAUAGAGCAUAGUAGAUUUUUGCAAAUUUCUAAAUAGCAGUGAUAGAGAUUUGCUUAUUAAACAUGAACUGAUGUAAUAAAGAGAAAUUAAAAAGUAUAUAUAUUUUUUUUAUUUUGUAUAAUGUAAUUCCAGCAAUAAUAAUCUAAAAGAAUAAGAACAUGAUAGAUUUUGCCUAAAAACUCAUAAUAGAACCUUUCAAUAAUACAAGUGAAUUGAUAUGUUUAACUUUACACAGGUAUACAAAAUAAACAUACUUGUCUCAUUUCUUAGUAAUUUACUUGAUACAUACAUAAUCCACUAAAAUGAAUGUAUUAAAUGGUACAGUCCGUGCAUUUAUUUUCUAUUUCAGAAAUAAAUAAAGAGAAAAAGGGACAUUUAUCUCAUUAUCCAUAUAUAUAAUUUCAAAUAAUGCAUGACUCCAUUUAUACACUCCUUUUACAAUUUUUUUUUUAAAUUCAGUAGAGAAAUAGAAUAGAGACAUUAAUCUCAUAUUUUCUUAAUUUACCUGUUCAUAUAUAGAAUCUCAAAUGUAUGGCUUAAAUAGUACGUACCUCAAAAAUAUGUUCCAGGUAAGUAAUGUGUUUUUCUCAAUGGGAGGCCCAUUAUUCUUGGCCUAUCACUGAGACCCAACUCAUUAAAGCCAGGGCUGAAGGGUGAAACAGAGGAGGUAGGUGCCAUCUGGAGCACUUUUGGGUUUAACCAUUUGUAAACUGUUUAACCUCUUACGAUAAGACAGUGCUCAGGACUUCCACACACCUUAACAUUUAAUUGAUUUCACAGGCCAAAUGAUUAAACACUCCUUACUAACAGGUCCUUAAUAACAGACUCCAUCAAAGAAAAGCUUUAUCAUGUAUUUUGAACUAGGAGAAGCAUUUUGUAACUUGGUUGUGGUGAGAAUAAGUGUAUGCAUAUAUGUAUAUAAAAUAACAUAACAUUGAAGAAGAAGAAUAAUAAUAACACACUAAAUAUACACUGAACAAAAUUAUAAACGCAACACUUUUGUUUUUGCCCCCAUUUUUCAUGAGCUGAACCGGUGGUUGUGAAGCCGGUUGGAUGUACUGCCAAAUUCUCUGAAAUGCCUUUUGGAGACGAAUUAUGGUAGAGAAAUGAACAUUCAAUUCACGGGCAACGGCUCUGGUGGACAUUCCUGCAGUCAGCAUGCCAAUUGCACGCUACCUCAAAACUUGCAACAUCUGUGGCAUUGUGCGGUGUGAUAAAACUGCACAUUUUAAAGUGGCCUUUUAUUGUGGCCAGCCUAAGGCACACCUGUGCAGUAAUCAUGCUGUCUAAUCAGCAUCCUGAUAUGCCACACCUGUGAGGUGGAUGGAUUAUCUCAGCAAAGGAGAAGUGCUCACUAACACAGAUUUAGACAGAUUUGUGAACAAUAUUUGAGAGAAAAUAGGCCUUUUGUGUACAUAGAAAUAGUCUUAGAUCUUUGAGCUUAGCUCAUGAAAAAUAGGGGCAAAAACAAAAGUGUUGCGUUUAUAAUUUUGUACAGUGUAUAAUAAAAAUGCAACAUUAUACAUAUACUAAAAAGCAAAGACAGAUGAAAAACAGUGAUUAUUUGGCUGCACUAAUACUGACAUUAUGCAAAUGGUCACAUUUCUGGUCGACUAACGGCAGGCACUGUAGGGUUGUCAAAACUAUGUAUUGCAUAUCAUCCUAUUAAUAAGAUGUUUGCUUAAAUGUGUUUAAAACCACGACUUAAAACAAAUUAAAAUAAGGAUGAAAUAGCCAUAUUUUAAAGUGAGUAUUGUGAUGUAAAUAGGCAGUAGUGUAAUUUUUAUAGAUUGUGAAACAGAACAUUUUGAAAAAAACUUACCGUAAUUUUCUUUUCCUUGGUAUUCACUAAUGGGUUAAGAUCCUUCCUCUCAGCUGCUAUGACAUGAAUAUUCAAAUUCAAUUAAAGAUACAAAAGGUCACAUCUUCCUAUUACCCUUAGUGAUGAACCCAAAUUAAUCCAGAAAGGGAGGGAUUGCUGAUGCUGGAUAUUACCCAGGAAAAGUAAAUUAAGAUAUUUUCAAAAUUUCCUGUUUUCCUAACUAAUCCAUGUCCGCAUCACUAAUGGGACUUCCAGAGUUCAAAAAAGAGUGGGAAAUAAUUACCAAGUCAGGAAUGGUUAUAUGCUAUUAAAUUUGCCUUGGGUGAAUAGACACUUUUCUGGUCUUUGCCAUUCUGUUUCUAUCAGUUCUUUAACAGAAGAAUGAACCGGGACAGAUGUUUAGUUUCUCCACAAUCUUUAGGAACGUGUCUCUGAGAGAGAUGAGUGUAUUCACUGUCUCCCCAUCCAGAUUAUAUGGGUAUUCCCGAGUAUCAUCAUAAUCUGAUGAGUCAGAUUAAUUAGAGAUUUCUAUAUCGGACCGGGAACUACCCUUGGUCUUUUAUUUUUCUUUGAGGAAUUACUUUUAGAAGUCGCCUCCUUAAUUCCAGCAGCCACAGCUUUAGAUAUAAUUUCAGCCAGUCACGAACUGGGAACCUCAGCCAAAGUAGCGAUAAUGCGAAAGCAAUAUUUGUAAAAGUUCUUUCCUUCGUCUUAUGUUAUUUUCUCCUUGGACACUCCUUUUUUUCUCAGGUCGUUUUGGGCUGCAAUAUACAUAUAUGUCCGUAGUAAGAAUAUAUAUAGGUUUGUAUGUAUAUAUCAGGGCCACUUAAUAUAGGUAUAGCCAAUGGCACACUUUUAAAAUACAUAAAAAGCUCACCUUAUGCUUCUAAUUUUGCUUCUUGAGGUGGAGGAAGAGGAAGCCAUAAUGUGAGGGCUGAAAUUUUUUUUAAAUCCAUCUACAUGUUACAAGAAAUGACAAAAGAAUAUACCACAAAAGAUAACAAUUGUAGUGGAUGGCCCUGGGCUGUCCUGAGAAUUUCAUGUAUUUUUAUGCAUUCGUGUGAAAACAGCAAAGUUCUAUGUAUUUGAUGUAUUGUAUUCGUUUGAAUGUUAGGUAGUUUCAUUCCCUUAGUUUGUUCGAAUGAAACUACCGAACAGUCAGACCUCCCCUGUGUGAAGUGUGUCCUCAAUUACCCGUUGCAACAUUGUUGCGAACGGGUAAUUGACAAGUUAAGUAGCCGUCCUUUGUUCUCAUGGGUUUUUAAAACUCCAGAACAGCGGUGUUUUGCCGUCGAGUGUCUGGAACUCAAAUCGGACACUCGAUUAGGCGAACACCGCUGAAACCUCCACAAGCCCGGUCCGUUCGGUUCCUAACUACCGAACGGCCCCUCGUUCGGUAGAUAGGAAGAACCGAACGAGGGGAUCCAGGCGAACCCUCCCUAGCCUCUAUAGCUAGAGGUUUUCGUGCCAUUUAUUCCCUGACUCCAGGACCGACCGCAGGGCCCAUUCACAUGGAACCGCAUUCGGCUGGUUCACUCAGUGCGGUCGGUCAUUUUAUUCCCUCCAUAAAUUUCCCGAACCCCUGGUCUGAUCUGGGUGAUUUUUGGAUAUGUUGUUCACCCAGAUCAGGGCUACCAGGGGAUGUAUGAUUUAAAGGGGUACCCCUACGUUUAGGGGUACAUCCAGAAACGGGGGGAAUUGCUGUACUGGAUAAGGGGAUUAUGAUGCCGUCUGAGGGGAAGAGAUGUGUGGGAGGUUACCAGGACAGGAUUGGCUACUGUAUUAAUGAAUGUAAUCCCUCCCUUGCAUGGGAGCAUGCUUUAAAAGGCCAGUGUGGAAUAAAGCUUUGAGUUCUGCUCCUGAAACUGUGUGUCGUCCAGUUAUUGGGAUUGCUGUUGGGAUACUGCUGUGUUAUUUUGCCUGCUGGAAACCUUGCCUGUGGAUUUACAGUUUACUUGUUCCUGAGCCUCACUUGGAUUAUAAGCGGAGAUAACCUGGGGAAUAUUGCAUCUCCGCUACAACAAUAAUGAAUGAUAUUUAUAAAUAAAGUAUACUAAAAGGGAUAAGGAAAGAAAUAAACUUACCUUGCAGCAGAAAGUAGAGUAAUUUGCAAAUUUUAGGCAAGAAAAACGCUGAUCAUCCAUAUUUAUAUAUCAUCUGGAAGAGAGAUCUGAAAGUCCUUUACGAGCUGUGACUAUGGAAAAGAAACCGGUAUCAGUAAAACACCCAGAAAGAAAGUUGCUGAAAACUGCGAAAAUUAACGAGGCGUCCCAAAAACGUAGAGACUCAGUCAAAAAGAGAACAGACAUAAAACGGUAAUUUCAAAAUAGAUUAAAUAAAGGAACAAUUAUAGCAAGGAGACAGAUAUAAAACGUGCCACUUACAGCUUCUUCAUCACCUCAAUGAUUUAAAGAAUUUUUUGAUGGAAGAGGAAAUAUAACUUCAGUUACUAUAUACUGUAGCGGAGAUACAAUAUUCCACAGAUUAUCUCUGCUUAAGAUCUCAGGGAGGCACAGGAACAAGUAAUUAUAAAUCCAAAAGGUUUCCAGCAAGUAAAAUAAUCCAACAGUAUCCCAACAGCAAACCCAAUAACUGGACGACACACAGCAUCAGGAGCAGAACUGAAAACCUUUAUUCCACAGUGGCCUUAUAUAGCAUGCUCCCAUGCAAGGGAGGGACUUUCAUCAAUUAUUACAGUACCCAAUCCGACAAUAGUAACCUCCCACCCAUCUCCUCCCCUCAGCCUGACUCAUAAUCCCCUUAUGCUGUACACAAAUUCCCCCAGUUUCUGGAUGUACCCCUAAACCUAGGGGUACCCCUUUAAAUGGCACAUCCCCUGGUAGCCCUGAUCUGGAUGAGCAACAUAUCCAAAAAUCACCCAGAUCGGACCAGGGGUUCGGGAAAUUUAUGGAAGUACUAAAAAGACCGACCGCGCUGGAGAGAACAGCCGAAUUGGGUUCCAUGCGAUGGGGCCCUGCAGUCGGUCCCAGUAUAAGGGAAUAAAUUACACGAAAGGCUAAGGCUACAGAGAUCAGGUAGGGUUCGCAUGAAUCCCCUCGUUCGGUUGUUUCUGUCUACCGAACGAGGGGCCGUUUGGUAGUUUGGAACGGAACAGACCGGGCUUGUGGAGGUCUCAGCGGUGUUCGCCUAGUCGAGUGUCCGAUUUAAGUUCCAGGCACUCGACGGCAAAACACCGCUGUUCGGGAGUUUUAAAAUGGCCGCCACCACGUGUUCGUUUCCUGAAUGGCGGCCACCCCGCGAACAAAGGACCUACUGCAUAGCUUGUUAAUUACCAGUUCGCAACAUUGUUGCAACGGGUAGUUGAAGGCACACUUCACACAGGGGAGGUCUGAUUGUUCAGUAGUUUCAUUCCCUUAGUUUAUUCGAAUGAUUCUACCGAACAAUCAGACGAAUACACUUUAUUUCAACACAUAAAAAACCAGCAGUUUACACGAAUGCAGUUAUACACAUGUAAUUUUCAGGACAGCCCAGUGCCAUCCGCUACAUAUACUAAUAUAGUAACCCUAACCCAGGGAGAACCAAACAGCUUGGGCUGAUCUCUCUAGGGCAGUGAUGGUGAACAUUUUUGAGCCCGAGGGCCCAAACAGCAAUACAAGCAAACCUUUUUUUCCUCAAAGUGCCAACAUGGCAAUUAAACCUGAAUACUGAGGUUUAAGUUUAGAAAAAACAACUCAUACAGUUGCCCUCCAUUCCACCCACCAACGAUGCAAUAGCAGAGUAGGCGCCUGCCAUUUUGGGAAGGCAGAUGCCUACUCUGCAUUGCCGCGUGGGGCCUAAUGUUGCCGACUGGCACCAGCGGCUCCCCCCCAGUGACUAGAGUGACCACAUUUCCUAACUGCCAUUCAGGGACACUUACUUUCACGAGUGCAUUUCAUCAAAUUUAUACUUGAGACUGGCAAAAACAUAUCUGCCAGUGCAUUUUUCAGUAUUUCUGCAAACAUUAACUGGCUACUUAGACACACACAUACUCACAGAUACUCACUGACACACACAUAUACACACAUACACAUGGGCAAACACACAAAUUGCAAUUUACAUUUGUUGACCAUCCUCUGCUCCCAUACCUUUUGUUUGCAGGGAGGUUAAUUUCUGGCUGAUGAUGAUGGGAGUCUGAAGGAGACGCUGCAGAGUUCUCUCUCCUGCCUCCUCUUCCUCUCUUAGUUGCUUCUUCAGUGUCCUGUUAGCCCGCGCGGUCUGUAUGCUGGGAAUAAGUAACAGUCACUUCCUCCCAGCACUCUCUGCAACAUUAAAGGGGCCUGGUCUGCCUAAGGGUUGCAGCACCCGACCGGGCCCCUGAUGAGGUAGUUCCCCUUUGGUAGCGGCACUCAUUUCUCGGGACAGGGAAAUUGCCCCGUCGCCCCUUCCCCCCCCACCCCCCCCUUGCAGCGGUGGCGGCGUUGCAGCUCAGCUCAACUUAUGACCGGGAUCCGGGACAGACUCUCAAAAUGUGGGACUGUCCCGGGCUAUCUGGGACACGUGGGCACCCUACCGUCGACCUAUGGCUGCAUGCUUACAGAGAGGUCUUGGCGUGCCAUAGGUUCGCCAUUGCAGCUCUAGGGGGUGCAUAUUGAAAAACUUAUGGCAAGGUGAACAAAAUAUAGAGCUGCCUAACAGGAGGACAGGAAAAAAAGACUAAUGGUAAUAAAUGAGGUGUGACAUUUUUUAUCAUCAAUUUAAUUUGAGUAUUUCAGUCCUAGCAGCUGAGAGGGAGGAACUUAACCCAUUAGUAAUGCUGACAUGGAUUAGCCAGGAAAAUUAUGUUUGGAGGAUGUGAUUAUUGAGUGCAGAAUGUGAGUUCUUGUAGUUAUAACACUGUUCUUGUCCUCCCUGCAGGCUACAGAAAAAGCUCAGAGCCUCUUGGUAAAGCAUGCUAAUCAGCCACUCAUCGUAACCACAGUAUCUGUGGAGUCUCUCUCUGUAAGUUAAUACUUUGACCAGAAUUUACUAUACAUGUUAUAGGUUUACAAUCGCCAUUAUAAACAGCUGGGUUGCAAAACCUUGUUUCCUAUAUUUCCAUUGUGUGCAACAAAAAUAGAAUGACAGGGAACUUUUACUAUUAUUUGUGAUAUAUGUGGAGUUUAUUCACCAAUCUCUAAAUUGUAGAGAAAUUAAAUGUGAAUUGCAUCAUUCAUGCAAAAAUAGGAAAGCUGUGACUACAGCAAAUUUUACACUUAAUUUCAAUAUAAGCUUAAGUUUACCUAAUAUGAUGUUUGUUUUUUGAUUUGCUACAUUUUACACUAGAGACCUAUGCCCUAUUUGCCAUGUACCUUUUGGAUUCAAGAACAAGUCAGCGUUUAGUGAAUACACCCCUCUGUCUAGUACAGGGAAUUGCUGAAAUGGUUAGUGGGUCAGAAAGGCAAGAUUAAAAGUAAGAGGAGAGGUCGAGUAUGAAGAAGGCGGGUGAAGAGAAGAAAAUGUAUAUGUCAUCUGCAGAAGAAUGAGAAUUGAAGCAAUGAGAGUAAAUUAGUCUUGCCAGGUGGCAGUGUACAGAGAGAAGACAAGGGGGUCAAAGAAUGAGCCUUGCAGUACAACAACUGAAAGUGAGAUGGAUGGUGUGUACUGUUGAAUGAGACCAACAAUAUAGAAUGAGAAUCCAGUAUCCAUAAUGCCAAGGGUUGUGAGUGUAGACAGAAGGGAUGAACAACUGUAUAAAACACAUCAGAGAGAUCAAGGAGAAUGAAAAUGGAACCGAUCUUGUAAUUCUGAGAUUGUGCAAAGAUUGGGCAAGAAAGGAGUACAAAAGGAGUGCAGUUUCAGUUGAGUGGUCAGACUGAAAGCCAGAUUAGAUGGUCAGGAAAAAUCAUGGGAGCUGGUACGUAGCUGUUUGUGGAUAGCACGCUUCGAGAGCUUGGAAAAUGGGAGAGAAGGAAGAUUGUUUGGAAGCUAGUAAAUAGGCUAAGAUUGAUGAAUGUUUUUGGAGAAGCGGAGUAACAACUGCCAUUUUGAAGGAAUCGAGAUAAUAUCCAGAAGGGAGAGAGAGAGAGACUGAAUAUGGAGGACAAAUAGGGUAGAGUAACAGGAAGGAGGGAAUGUAAGAUAGAAUGCGGGAAUGGUUCUCCAGUAGAGCAGGAUUGUUUUCUGAAAGUAUGAAGAUCAUUGAUGUUGUGAAAUCCAAGAAGGUAACUCAGUAAGUAGAGGGAGAGGAUAUAGGUGUACUUUGGGUAGCAAAGGUUGGAAUAGCUGAGAUUUUGUUUUUAAAGUGCACAGCUAUACCAGAUGCUAUAAGGGGGAUGCUGAAAAAGGGGAUGGUCAGAGAAGGUUGUUCAAAGAAGCAGAAGGAUGAUGUGGAUAAGGGGAAACAGUGGUAGUUAAUUGUAGUAGGUCUUUUACAAACCUUAACAGAGAUAGAAUAUUGCUUAAAAUAAGAGAAUAGUGGUACGGCAGAUGGAGAGAGUGGGGACUUCCAGGAAUGGUCAGAAGAACAUAAAGUGCCUUGAGGUCAUUGUUGAGCCAGGGAGAUGAUUUGGUUGAAGAGCAAAUAUAUUGAGAGAUGAAUGGAGUGCAUUGUUAAAAGAGGAAAGUGUAGCGUUAGGUGAGAGAGCAGAAUAGGAUGGAAGGGGGAGGUUGUGACGAUAGACCAUGGAAGCUAGUGUUGUGGGGUCAACCAAACUAAGCUUUCUAUAUGGAAUGUGGGCAGCUUGAGAAGGUGCAUGCAGAAUAGGUAAAAGGGAUUGGGAUAUAAAUAUAUAUAAGUGAUGAUCAUCAGGUGCAAUGUGCAUGUUAGGGGGUAUGACAGCAUGAUAGCCAAGAUUUAAAUGUGGUCAAGGGUUCCACUAUGGAUGUGUGUUUGGGGACAUAUUUCUGCUGCUCGGUCCUGAAACACAUAGAAGCAAUGUUUUAAUUCACUUUAAUGGCUGAAGGGGAAGGUAAAACUGGCUUAGAUAAGCAGAAUCAAUGAACCAAAAACACAGCAGACAUAAGUAUAUAAGACCAAUAAAAGAGUAAUUAUUUUUGUGACUGGAUAGCCACAUUGCUUAGUAGUAAUCUGAGUAAUAUUAAAAUUAAUAUGUUAAAUGAAGAUUAUUGCAUAACAAGCAAACAAAUUGACCAUUGCAUAAAAAGAUGCAAAAGGAUGAAACUAAUCAGUUAAAUGUUACACUAGAGCAGGGGUAGGCAACCUACGGCACUAGUGCCAUGCACGGCACCCGAGGUGUCUUUCCACGGCACUCAAGGCUGCUAGAGCCAAACAGGCUCUGGCCUAUCAGGAGUCUCAGUGAAACUUCAAAACUAUAUAAUCCACACUGUAGUAGAGCAGCCUGCAGCUGCUGUUGCAGCUCCUGUCCUUGACCUGUAUCUGGCCAGCCUGGUCCCCACUGGAACUCAGGGAAGCCACCCACACUGCUAGAUAUACACAGACCUGCAGAAUAAGCCUCCCCUCUUACAAACAAUACGAACAGCCCACACACAAACAUACACAUAAUCCCCACAAACGCAACAUCACUAACAAUCCACAUACAUGCACACAACCCCGCAUGCAGCCUCUCACAUUCAAUACCCCAAACAGCCCCCACACACUACCAAACAAACAAUGUGACAAAUCCAUCCACACACAAUUCCACAAGCAGCCCUCAUACACAGCCCACAUUCAUGUGUAUACAAUAUAAUAGCUCAUAUACGCACAAAUACUAGCGAUACAAAGCAAUUACAGUAAAAAUAACACAAGCAGAAUAUGGCAGCAUACACACCUCAAUUUAGAAAAAUAGGAUCGGCACACUAUGGGACAUCACAAUCCUAUAUCGGCACAGUGCUGCUAAAAGGUUGCCUACCCCUGCACUAGAGUAUACAAAAUAGAAUAGUUGCAUGAAAGUAUUGCUAGUUGAUAGUGCAUUAGUUUCUUCCCAUACCUUGGUAGUUUCUUAAAUGAAAGAGUGACGGGCAAAUCUGUGCCGUUCUGUGCUUGGUAGGUUCUUAAAUUAACAAAGACUGAGGAGCAAAAUUGUACAGGUCUGUGCUUGGUAGUUUCUAAAAUUAACACAGUCUGAGGUAAAUUUCUACAGGUCUUGGUAGUUUCCUAAAUUAACACAGUGUGAGGGGCUAAUUUAUAUAGUACUGUGCUUGGUAGUUUUCAUCUGAAAAUAGUUUUAGUAUUUCUUUGACCAAGACUGAUUUUAAACACAUAGGAAGAGAUUAAACAUUCUUAAUAUGAGGAUAACCUCCCUAAAUCCUUUAUGCGGUUUAUAUAAUGUUCUGGAUAACUGUCAGGUGACAUUGAGGUAGAUUUCAAAUUCUAUCGAUCUUGUCUGCAUUUUGCAUUAAUGUCCAACGAUUACCUACACUAUGUUUGUUUUCACAGACCUUUAGUAUGGUCACCUACAAUUGUCAUUUUUAUGGUAGUCACCAACAAUUUCACAGAGCAUGAACCCCCCGUCCUAAUCUUUUACCUUGUGUGCCCUCUAGGUUCUAGUUAAGAUGGUUAAUCACAUAUGCGAUAAGUCCCCAGGAUCUGCAGUGAUGCUUCUCAGUCAACAGCAUGCAGACAAGGUGUUCUGUGCAUGCCAAGUUCCAAAGGUAAACCUCCCUUACCAUGUCUGCAAAACCGUGCCAAGAAUGAACAACAGUGCCAUACCUGCUUCUUUGUGUGUCUCUGCAGAUGUAACAUAAUUAUAAAAUGUUUAUUACUGGAAAAUAGUGGCAUUGAGAUUUUGAAGAUGUCAUAAAUCAUGAGACCAACGUGGUAUAAUAUAUCUAAAAAUCGUGUGUGUGUGUGUGUGUAUAUAUAUAUAUAUAUAUAUAUAUAUAUAUAUAUAUAUAUAUAUAUAUAUAUAUAUAUAUAUAUAUAUAUAUAUAUAUAUAUAUAUAAUAUAUUUAUAGGAUAUAACCUCACAAAGAGCCUCCCACAUGCAAUACCCCAAGAAUCCCCAUAACACAAGCAGAAUACGGCAACAUACACACACAUCAAUUUAAAAAAAAAUAGGAUCCGCACACCAAGAGACUUCAAAGUUUUGUUUUGGCUUAGUACUACUAAAAGGUUUCUUACCCCUGGUAUAGAUUGUGCCCCUGCACUCACUGCUCAAUUCUCUGCUAUUUAGGAGUUAAAUCACUUUUGUUUCUGUUUAUGCAAACCUAGUUACACCCACCCUGGCUGUAACUCGCACAGCAAAAAUUGUUUCCUUUUCAACUAAAUGUAACUGCACAGUGUGUUUACGUUAGAAUUUUUUAUCUCCUGCUCUGUUAAUUGAAAUUUAAUCACACACGGAAGGCUCCUGAAGACUUUAGCAGGCUAUUAACAGUGCUGAAGAUAAGAAAUUCUAAAUUAAACAGACUGUCUAAUAAAGGCAGUUUAAGCAUUAGAUCUCUCUUUAUAGGAAGUAUGUAGUGAGACUGUGUAGAUCACGCACAUGCAAGGUGUGACUAGGGCUGCAUUAAGAAAGCCUAUAAAAGUGCACUCUUUCAAAAAAAGAGAUGACCGCAUUUGAACUUCGCUCACGUGACAAUUCAUAUAUAGCAAAAUCACGAUAUGUGCAAUAUAGAAACUUUAGUGGCAUAAAAACUUAGAAGCACCAUUCCUUUCCACAGUAGACAGGAAAUUAAUCAAUAUUUUAUGUUGUGUAUAUUCUUUGUAUUUUAUAUUUUUUACAAUUUUUUGAAAUUAUGAAAUACUCCAAAAAAUUAUUUCAUAAAUUUAAAAUAACAUUUCAUUACAUUAUAUACAUUUCUAAAUGGUGUGUUAUAUUUUUAAUAGAUGUGGUUUUUUAUAUACCCUAAAUUGUAAACCAAAAUCUUCAGAAGAGUCGGGAUAUACAUUGAUCCCAAUUUGUACUCUCAAUCUCCCAGUCAUUUUAAGGUGAUUUUAAAGGGUUACUCCAAGCACCAUUAUCACUUCAUUUACUUGAAGUGGUCUUGGUGUCUGUAGUCUGUAUGUGGAGCAUUUUGCUUUGAAAUGCUGCACAUAAAGAGAUUGACCAAUAAGCAGCCAGUGGUGUAACUCCACCUCCGGCAGUAUCAUUAGCCAGUUUAGAACAAAGUUUAGGGCUGGCUAAUGUCAAUUCUGUGCAAAAUUGUCAUCUGACACCAGCACUCAUAGCAUGCUGGUAUCCAGACAACCAAUGGUGGCAUGGCCUUCAGCUAUGUGCCACCCCUGUCUGUCUAUCCUCCCCCUCCAGCAAGGGAGAGUGACAUAAGGCAAGGAGAAUAAGGCUGCCUGAAGAACUUGGAUGUGACGAAGAAAGGUGAGUUUUAGCAUUUAUUUUUUUAUUUGGGGUGGUGUAACUCCUCAGAAAGGAUUACUCUAACAAAACUAAUUUAUCUUAAUCUACUUUGUCAUGAUGAUCUGUAGCACACUUCAGUAAAUGUGUAUAAGAGUUACCUUCUCGGUGCUGGACUCCUCCCAAUAGUAAAACAAUACUUCACAAAACAUUAUCCGCACUUGUACGUAAUCCCAAACAAUGUGCAAGAAUAAAUUCAUAGAAAAAUGCACAUUAUUUAUAUAACAAAAUAAGUACAGAUGGCAUAAUGUUGUGACAGCAAUCCUCAUAUGUGCUAAAGUGGUCCAAACUUAUAAGCUGAAAAUAUAAUAUUACGUAAAUAAUACAAUUGAAAAAAAUCAAAAAAGAUCUAAGAUUUAACCCUCUGGAACCACCAGCUAAGCUUCUAUCAGACUUAUUUGAGCAGUCAGACUAUACCCAUUUGGUAAAUAAAUGCCAAAAAAAUAAUCUAUAAGACUCAGAGAAAAGCAAUCCCCCCGGCAAUUAUUAAAUGGAAUCAUGAUCUUACCAAAGAUAUCACUAUGAAAGAAUGGAAUAACUCCCUUAAUACGUUAUACAAAAUCUGUCAUUGUUUAAAUAUACAUGAAACUCAUUAUAAAAUAUUAAACAGAUGGUACAAUACUCCCCAUAAAAUUGCAAAAAUGUAUCCUACAACCCCACUUAACUGCUGGAGAUGCAAUGAAAGGAUUGCAGACUUCAAACAUAUUUUGUGGGACUGCUCGAAAAUUAGACCUUUAUGGGUUGAGUUAAAUCAAUAUUUAUCAUCCAUACUGGAAAUAAGGAUUGAGCUGACUUCGAGUAUGGCUCUACUUCAUAUGGAUAUGACUGGCAUCGAUAAAGAAUUUAGACCCAUCAUUUUACAUAUCCUAAUGGCUGUUAAAACUUUAAUAGCUAGGAAUUGGAAAUCUUCUAUGGUAGAUAACUGGGCUAAGAUACAUGCUCAAAGUAUUACCCAAUGUAAAAUGGAAAGGGCCAUUACUAAUUUUGCACCAAAUAAGGGACUUCAAUACACACACUGGGAUAAAUGGAUUAAAAUAAUAGAAUCUAGAUAGGGAGGCUCCCCUCUUGUCGGAUUUUUCCCGUGUUAUUUAUUUAUAUAUAUAUAUAUUUAUUUAUUAUUUUUUGCCGCACCACGACCUGAGCAAAUGUUUUAUGUAUGUGCGUCAUUUGGUUCGUUAAUUCAUCAUGUAUUUGAAAGUAUUUUUUGUAAUAGUGUUAAGAUAAAAUUUAAAGAAAGAAAUAGAAAUUAACCAGAUAAGGACAGAUAGAGAAAAUGAAAAAUACAUAUGAUGAUUUGGUAUUAGAUGACCCUAUCUACGACUCCGCAAGAAAUUAAAUAACUAAUACCAUAUUCUGAUGUAAUAAUAAUAAAAAAAUUUAAAAAAGAAUCAAAAGAAGAAGGAAAAUAAUUAUACCAGAAAGCAGGACCACCUGCAGCUGCUGGACAGGGGAGAGACAACCCAGAAAAACGACCCAGAAAAAAGGUUAGUGAAGCCCUGGACGUGUUUCGUACCCCUCCUGGUGCUUUCUCAACUUGGGCAUUCAAAGGAAUUCCUAAGUAUAUAUAAGUAUAUAAAGGAAGUGAAUGCAAGAAAAGGCUGAUCUAUCAAGAAUCAUUCUCUCAAAACCAGGUGAACAAAGAAGACACCAUACUUUAAUCCCCAAUCCUGAAAGUGAAGCAAACACCUCCUCCAAAAGAAAAACUUAAAGAAACCCCAUCAAUGUUAUGUAUAGCAUAACAAAAAAAUUAUUGAAAUCAAAAAGAACAUGAGAACAGCAAGUAGAAAAUAGAUUUAACUGACAUUCUUCUUUCUUAUGCAUAUGCUUUUGUAUAAGAAAGAAGUAACUAGUAACAGGCUAAUCUCAGGUUUCAUUAGGUACCCGGGGCACUCCCCUGUCAAGUGUGGCCAGAAUUAGUGGCCCCAUGCUCACAGGUGAACUGUAUGCAGCAAUGAAAGUGAGAGCUCAGCCAGCACUUUAAAUGGACAUUUAAAUCCCCUGAUGCUACAACUUGGUGUGAGCAGGGUUAAAUCUGCUUUCCAAUCCAUCUAGAUACAGUUUCUGUGAUUAUCCUUUCGGGACAAGCGCUACCAGUUCAUCUCACUGCCCUUGUGGCCAGCCGCAGGUCUCAGAAUGUUUACUUUGGUUGCCUGUUGGCACUGAUUUGUACCAGAGGAAGUGUGGCAGCCCUCUUUCUUAAUCAUACCUCCUCUCACAAAAUCCCCCCCUCUGCCUGUGAUACAAUUACCUUACACAAUGGGUAAUGUAAUUAUCACAGGCAGAGAAAUACAGUUUUUCCACAUUAUUCAUAAUUUUAAAAGUAUGCAUCACAUUCACUUUUCAGAAUCAGCAUACUCCAAAUACAAACAUACGUCAAAAUCAUACAAAUUGGUCCAGUGGUUCAAAAGAUAGAUCAUAGUCCUUUGUGACCAAAUGAAGCAUGGCUUUUCUGCCCAAAACCAGUUCCACAGAGUCUUCUAUCCUGGAGAUAAGUGGGAAGUAAUCCAAUUAUCUCCAAGGACAGAGGCAAAACUCCAUUGAACACAUGGCAGCAAAAGACAAUAAAAUACAUAAAAAUAUAUAACUGUGCAGCCAUUGCAUAAAACAGGUACAUUCAACAUAUCCCCAGAUAGCUCAGACCUGAGCGCACAUUAUUACCGAAUGGCGCUCAGAUCACACACAUACAGUUCAAUUGCCAUGGAGACAAAGUCUUUCCCAUAGUCUUUCAUUAUACAAAUGGGCUCCAUGACAUAGCUAUCUGGGGUAUCACCGCUCAAACAGGGCAAGCACCGAAUGACCCGGCUUUUGUGUCUUUGCAGGGGAAAAUCAAGCGUUUCAACAUGGGGCCAUAGUCUAAAGGCAGCUGGCGAGCAACCAGGCUCCUCCAAUGCACAGUGGGGAGAUUGGUCUUGUCACAGAGUUCUAUUUGUAGUGGUUUCAUAUAGAGAGGGGGGCUUUGGGUGACUAGCAGGACAUUGUUCCUAAGAAACCUCAGGAACUUUCAAUUCCUCUUUAUUCACUUUUUGGAGGAUGAGGAAACAAAAUAUAAUUCUAGAUUUAUUUCUUUAGCUUCCCUUUACAUGGUGGAAAACUUUGAUCUAAUUUUUUUUUUUUCAUGAUAUGGGGUGGGGGAAGGGGGCGACGAUAUGGUUCCUCGCCAAGGGUGCUGGAGACCCUAGUUACGCCUCUGGGUCUUUACUCUCUUUAGGCUGGUUGUUAUAGGUGCCGCAAGCGAAUCUUAAGGGAAUGACUCUUGCUCUAAGAUUGAAUUGAACAGAUUCAGCAAACGAGGCAUUUGGUAUCCCUGAAGUUUUUAUAAUAUUUAAGCGAUAGCCCAUUUGGGCCAUGUGCUCUGCCAGUUUUAGAUUUCUUAAUGGCCGCCUGCAGCUCUUCCAUUGUGAACUUUGCAUCAAGUGCCUAUGUUUUUGCCAUGUCUUUUCUUGUCUUAAAUAAAAACCACAAUUUGCUGCCUUUAGAACUUGGAACGCACCACGGGCAUUCAUAUAGUGUGAGAAAUCCAGUGCAAUAGGGUCUAACAGCGCAUUAUCUUUGUGCUUGAGUGGAGUGCAGACAUGGCUCCAUCUUAAAUAGGCACCAUUGGGCAUAUUACACAGUCUGGCACGGUGUAACCAUUGCUUAUUGAUAUUUUAGGAUACAUUUGCAUUAUACACUAUGUGUUGUAUUUUUUUAUUGUUCUAGGAUCUACAUUUGUAGAAGAAACAGCAGUAUCUCUGUUUAUAAGUAUUCUAUUUAUUUAUUGUACACAUUAUAAGGGUGCGAUUCACAUUGUGAUUUGUCACACUGUGUAUGUUUUAUUAUUUACUGUAUGUGUUCCAUGGAAAGGUGAAAUCACUAUAUCCCUCCCUAAUUUUGAAUAAAAAAUGUUUGCGUACAUUUCUGAUGUCUUGUCAUUACUGGGGAUAUUGUGAUGGUGCAAUGUCUUUUUAGGACAAAGUAGUAAAAGUGUGAAGUGUACCCAAAAUUGUAAAACCUUGGGUACAUUUGGUAAGCAGUCAGUCUUGCUGGAGAUAAGAAGCAACACCCACAGGUAUGUAAUUCUGCAGGUGGUUUUUGAGGUGUACUCAUUUUAACAGAAUAUCAAUUCUAUAACAAUGUCAGACUAUUACAGUUUUAUAAAACUAAUAUAUUUUUAUUUCUUCAUUCUCUAGGACUUGGGUUUCAAAAUGUCUGCUGCUGAGUGGGCCUCGUCUGUGUGCUUGGAAAUGGGAGGUAACGCUGGGGGCUCAGACAUUGUUGCUAAAGGAACAGGCACUAGCCAAAAUCUAGACCACAUUAUUAAAUCAUCUCUAAACUUUGCCCAGAGAACGCUCUAA